GUUGUUGCUAUGGGGUAAAAAUGGCGGUCUUGUCAGUCUAAUAACAUAAACGCUCUUGGUCAAGGCAUAAUUCAGAGCGAAAACAAAGACCUACAACAGGCUAAUAUUUCAGCGGAAAGCUUCCGGGCCUUUCUAAGAGAUGCAGACUGUAUUUUAACGAAUUUGCAAGUGUUGAAUUCAGACUGCGUUUGCAAUAUUUUUGUUGAUUUAACUAGCCAUUGCAAGAAAAUUAUGCUUAAACUAUGGAUUUAGACCGCGAAGACGCAACGAGCUUGCAAGGUGGAUCUUCAGAUGUUGCCUCUGAAGCUGCAGGAGCAGUGACGGAUUCCACGCUAGCACUCCCAGAUGAAAACAAAAAUGGCGUGUCUAAUUCUUCGUCUGAGAAUGGUUUGGAAGUUGACAGGGUCUCUCCUGGUCACGGCAGUGGUGGAUCGGAAGGCGAGAGAGAAUUUGAACCAGCAGAAAUGGUGAGAGUAACUAGAGAAAAAUGACUUGAUCUUGAUCUGAGCAACUAGAGAAAAAUGGCUUGAUCGUGGUAGGGAGCUUUAGAUUGAAGUACGCGUUAUACUUGUACUUCAAUCUCUUAGAUCUAAAAGACUACAGUUUAAGCUACUGUCAGAUCAGCCUAAAUGGGUUAUGUGCACUGAGCGCAGGUGCAGAUGUGUCUGUUGGGCAUAGCUUUACACAGAUACAUUGAGUUAAGACAAAGCUGUAAUUCUAGUUUUGACAGUGCUUUUCAUGCCCCUGUGAAGCAACUCGUAAUAAUAAACAAUUAUUGGAUGAGGUUUUUGUGAUAUCUGGAAUAAUCAAGGUCGAGGUCAGUGUCAUCAGCCUCGGCCUUUUGGCUCAGCUGAAUACACUUACCUUGACCUUGAUUUUUCCGGAUAUCACAAAAACCAAAGCUAAAAAUUGUUUUAUUAUACAUUGUUUUGAAAUAAAUAACAACAAAUGCACCGUUGCACAGAACUGAUUUGACAUUGCUCUUGGAAAUCAUGCAUUGUGUGCGCAACCUACAGAUUAGUCAGUUAUCUGCUAGCAGAUAACUAACUAAUUUGUAGGUUGUACAGAUUUCCAAAAUUAACGGUAGGGUCUUAGCCAGUGAGAAGAUAGAUAGUGAGUACAAAUGUAUAGUAAUGAGUGGAUAUGUUACAGGUCAAAGUUACUUGUAUAUUCAGGUUAAAUAAUUAGGGCUAGGAGACAAAGGAAAUUGAUAAUCAACAUGGUUUAAAAAUUUUAACCUGUAUUUAAUUUUGACCUGUAACAUAUUCAGUUCUUUCAGGAAUACAGCUUGAAAGCAGUUUGUUAUUCUGCAAAUGGGUUUAAUGAGGAUCGUAUCCAUUAAUCUUUAUUGUACUUAUGAAGAAUUAUGAUUAUUUACCUUUUUAAGGUACCAUUGAUUAAGGAAAGAGUCACCUUAAGUGCACUAAAAGCUGACAUGUGGACAGCAGAGCAUGAUGCUACUAUAGUCAAGUUCCUAAGGGACUACACUCACAGGCUGUUAGUGGUUUAUGUUGACAAGCUACUUGGAUUACAAGUGGCACUGUCUGUCCCUCCCCAUCCUGUUGAAGAAAUGACGUACAUGAUCAGGUUUGAAAAUGCAGUCAUCACACCUGAUAACAUUGAACAGAAAUUGAAGUUUGGUACAAUCAAAGCUAACCAUAUUGAAAGUCUACUGAGAUUGAUGACAAAUGUGUAUGCCCCUUUGUUUUUUGGAAAUAAAUCUUGGCCAGAUAGUAUCCUUUUUGAUGAUUAAUGUUAAUAUUAAAAUUGAUAAUAUUAAUUAGUAAUAAUAUUACUACUAAAGACUUAUGUGUAAAGAAAGGGCGAGUAAAUAAUUCAUAAUGUCAGAGGUGUAUAGACGCUUUUAUCAAGGAUCAUGUCAAUUCUUGGUAGGAAACUCAUUAGUGGCUACUUGCAUACACUGUACAUGUAAUCUUAAAUGUCCAGCCACUUGAAUUUGUAAAUUGUAAAUAUCUUAUUAUCCACUCCCCUCAGGGCUUUUCAGGGAUAAUUUACAACACUGGUUGGGGGACUUUGCCAGACUGCUUAAGGUGCAGUUUACAAGUAGUGAAGGAAUGAGUAAUGAUGCCCCCAUACAUGAGUGUGAAAGUGAGAUGUGAACAAGGCACUUUUGAAGCAGCUUUAACGUCCCACAAUUUAAUACAUGCCGCCGGGUUUGAACCCGCGACCUCCCGCUCAGUAGACCGGCGCUCUCCCAACUGAGCUAACCAGGCAGAAUGACUUAGUGAAUAGGAGUACCUAGGGCUGUCAACAAGUUUUGAAGCAGCUGUAACAAUCACAAUUCACCUGAAAGAUCUCACAAAAAAUUUACAGUGUAUUCUUAAGCUUUUCACUGUGAUCACUCGUAGAAUCAAGACAAGGAUUAGUGAGAUCAGCCAUGACAGGUGGUACAGUUUACAGGCCUUAAUGACAGCUCUGAGGACCAGUUAGCUCAGUAUGAUAAAAAUAGCACCUCAUGAUUACUGAAUAAUUUUUGACAAUGUUUGGAUAAUAAUUUGAUAGAACUUGGAGACUCAGAAAAUGGUCAGUAACUAGAGGUGCUGUAAUCUCUCUAUUUUUGAUUAGAAAAAUGUCCCUUCUGGAGUGAACUUGUCCUUUAAAAUGUUAAAAAGAGAUGAUGCUACCUUUAUGAAAUUUUCAACCAGCCCUUGGUAUCAAAGAUCAAUGUUGUUGUACCUUAUUGCUGAAAAAUAGUUGAUGUUUUUUAUUCAAGGAAGAAGUAUUAUUACCCUUAAUCACAAAUAAGGCAUUAAAAAUGAUUUCUCAGCUCAACUACACAAGUUUAUGGCCAAUUUAACAGACACUCGGCACAAGAUGCAAGGAAAGACAGUAUUAUACGUCCCAAAUGAAGGAACAAGGCUUUCUAUCGAAGAGGCAGCCAAGAGUAAAGAAUUUGUGCAACGUUUGGAAAGUAAGAAACAUUUCAUUAUAACGUUCUUUUUAGAACCAUACUGUUUUGUAACUCAGGGGCCACACACUGUUACCACUUUGACUAAUCCAAUUUUGCAACCCCAGUAUAAAAUGUUGUAGGUGAAACCCAUUUCCAUGUUAAACCAGAAUUUCCUGUCUCCUAGAAGUAAGUAAAGCUAGGAAAGUAAUGAGACUGUGAAUCAAACUAGGCUAGCUGACUACUGGGGUCAACUAUUGUUUUUGUACCCUAAAACAAUAGCUACUCUUGUAAAAAAACACACUAACCUUGUAAACGUUUUAUUGAAUUAACCCCUGGUUUAACCUGAUAACAGAUUUAACAUACAACAUAAUCACUCCCAAUUACUCUGUUGAGAUUCAUCUGGAUUUAAUAUUCUUGGAAGGUGGUGUCACCUUGAUCUGUCGGAGUUUGAUCUCAUUUACAAUGUAGAUCCUUCUGAAUGCUAUUGGUAAGUGUGAAUGGCUCCUGAGACAAGCUGCUGAUCAUUUAGUAGCUCUCAAAUACAACAUUUUCAUCAGUGUGACUUAUGCAAUUCUUUGGUUUUCAGCUGCAAUGAUUCACUGGACACGGCAAAUUAAGGAAGUGCUAAGUAGUCAGGACACUUUUGAGGCAGCAGAGAAUUCCGGGCCACUAGAAGAGAUUGAGUUCUGGCGUAGUCGCUGUGCCGAUCUCUCAGGUAUUAGUGAACAGCUGGACAAACCAGGAGUUCAAAGAAUACAGUCUGUUUUGGAGCAUUCCAAGAGUUCUUAUGUUGCACCAUUUCUCAAACUCUCAAAGCUCAUUCAGGUUUGUGCCUUUAUUGCAAUCUGAUAUUUCAAAGUCCUGAUGUAUGACUAAUGAUAUUAAGUAGCUUAAGAUGGCAGAUUAUAUAUGUGGUUGUCAGUAAUAAUAAAAAUCACUCUAUUGAAAAAUGAUGACUAUAGAAUGAUACUGUUUCGGUUAAUGUUUGAACACUGUUGAUGAAUAAUAUUGUUAAAAAUUUCUCCCCUUGCUUUUCUUAGACCAAUAAACUUGUAUGCAACCCUAUAGUUAACUCUUUGUGUAUGAGUUGUGGUGUUCUUGUAUGAAAAAAAAAACAAUAACAAAAAAAAUCUAUGUUUUUCUGGCCUUUGUUUAACCCAUUUGCCCCUGAACUGCCCGUGCAGGUCCACAUCCUUUCUGCCCUUUGUGACGUCAUCAGUUUUCAUGGUCAAGGACAACUUUGUCUGCUAACUUGUGCAGAGUGAAGAGAUCUUUCAAACCAUACCAGAAUGAGCAGAAUUCAGUCAAGGACACCGAAGAAAGAGGCAAAAAACCAUGUAACAUUGACCUGAAAAUCUCCAUGAAAAUCUUGUUCCAUUGCCCACCUACCUUUCCUUUCACCUAAUCCUAAGAUCCUAAAAGCUUUCCUAAAAAACUAUUCCCACCAAAAUGAAGCCUUAAUGCCUAGCAAGAGGAAAAAAAAAUGAGGCAAGAAAAGCGAAAAAAGAGGGGAGGAGAGAAAGCGAAAAGUAAAAGUUAAGACUGCUGUGUCACUUUUAAACCCAAAAACUAUCUCAAAAUUUUGCUUUCUGCGCAUGCCCAAACUUCGCAAGCUGAUAUUUUGCAUCUGGAUCAGAAGGCCUUGAAGUGUGCAACCUGUAAACCGGUUUGUGGUAAGUUUUAGCUCUUUAUAGCAUGACAGUGACCAGGAAACCACUCAACUAGCUUCAAAACACUUUUUUUCGGCAAAAUCUCCACUUUAUUUAAUGAUGUACACUGUAAGCCUCUUGUUUGUCUUGUUACAGUACAUCCCUUACACUCCAGCAUUUGAUAGAAGGUUUGUACCACUUGAAUGAAUAGCUGCAAAAUGCCUCUGAUUAUCAAUCAUUUUAAAAUGUUUUGUUUGCUAUCAGGAUGGGUCAGCACAGGCACAGAGUAAUUUAAAGUUCCUGUCAACACUCAAAGGACCUUGUGAGGAACUUGCUCAGGCUCAACCUAAAGACAUUCCUGGCAUGUUGUCAAAAAUACUGAACAUUAUUCGUAUGAUCUGGAUGAACUCUGAACAUUACAAGAGUAGAGAGAGGCUCACUGGUCUUCUCAGAAAGGUAGAUUUAGUAUUUGGUAAAGUAGCAUAUGGUGAAAUAGGGUGCAAAGUAAGUGAAGUCUUGUCUGAACUUACAGCAACUCAGGGGUUUGUCCCGGUGAUAGCAUAUGGUUUUUGAGGGUCUUGAUCCUUAAAAAGGGUAGAUUAUUUUUACCCGUUUUUGUAUUGUGUUCCCGGUGUGUUCCUCGGAUAGGGUACUUAAAUUGUAUCAGCUAAAAUUCAGGUGUAUAAAAAUGCCCAGCUAUAGGAGAAAAAAAUUAUCUGUUAGAACUGAGCUAUUGCUUAGAGUAUUUGGAAAGCGAUUUAAUGAAGGUUUGUGCAUUGCUUUAAUUAGAUUAACAUUUUCCCCCUUGAAUAGGGUGCAUUUUUCAGGUUUGGGUUUUUUAUAGGGUAUCAGUUUUCGUUUGUCUCAACCUUCAUAGGACACACCUAUCUUAAUUUUAUAGGAGAACCCACCUGCACCCUCUGCCCACACAGGCUCCACAUCUCAAACUCUUUUAUGACUCAAUGUUUUGUACACAUUGUUAUACCCAGUGCUCUAGGUACUUCCAGAAUUUCUAGGACUGGCAUUGUUUUUUUUCAGACUACAGUAAAGGUGUAUACUGACUCAAAAAGUGUAGUUUGUAUUCUGUUUUGGCCUGAUGGUGUUAGGUGUUUUAAAAAAAACAGAUAUUUUCUUGGAGUUUCUUGGGAAUGGCUGUUGGUGCAGAGGUGCAUAAUAAUUAUUUUGAGCUAUAAAAAGGAUUAGAAAUAUUGCAUAGUUUGGAUUAGGGUUUUAAGAAAUGAGCUGGACUCUUGUACCCAAGAUUUAUAGGCAUAUCCAACUCUGCUUCUUUGUAGCCUGUAGCAGAAAGUGGCUACACAUGUACUCUGUUUAAACACUUUGGAAACGUGGCCUCUUAAUAUAUUGCCUGUCCCGCAUUCAGCAAAUGUAAGGAGAGUGUGCACCAGUUUGGCUUCAGAGAAUUCAAAAACACUAAAGGAAUUUUUUGGCUAUGACCCACAUUUUGAAAAAAAUGUCUCUUGUAGAAAGUAGAUUUUAAACAGUUACUAUUGGCCCCGCAUAGGUGAGUAACGAGAUUAUCAAGAGAUGCAGCACCAAGAUAUCACUGGAUGAUAUAUUUGAGGGUCGAAUCAAGACAAGUAUGCAAGGCUUGCAGGAGAGCAUUGAGUGCUGUGAAUCUUGGAAGAGUACUUACAGCAAGGUAUGAUGCUGAUGCAUUAAUUUUGAAUUUGCAUUAUUGAAUAUCGUUAAUUUUUUAUGACCAAAAAUGAUUACCGGUAAUAAGGCUAUCUUCGAGGGUAUGUAGAUCCCUAAUCUGAAGUUCAAAACCAUUUGUUUCACAUGUUGGCAAGGAAGCCAUGUCCCUGUAGGUAGAUACUUUUGUAUUUGCACUUGUAUUCGUCACUGUCACUGUUUCAAACUAGCCACCUUUGUUUCAUUUGUCGCUGUUUUGUGUGAUUUAUCUCAUUAUUUUAAGGCCAUUGUUGCUAGUUGGAAUUUUACCCUAACAACUCCGUAUUUAAGUAACAUCCUUAUUUUUUGUUGAAAACAUAAGUUUACUUAGUAUUAGGGAUACAAUCAUGCACAUUUUACUAGCAAUAAUUGCCAGGUGGUAAAUAUAUUCUUUGUGAAAAGUAAAUGGGUUUUAAAUGUUCUCUUUCUCUGUUACGCAGAUCAGUAGAAUGCACUCUAAGCUGUCAAGUGAAAGAUGGAUUCUUGAUCAGAGCAGUAUUUUUGCCCAAGUUGAUGCUUUUGUGCAGCGAUGCAAAGAUCUUCUUGAGGUAUAUAAACUCUGUUCUGUUUUGACUGUACAUACUCAAGAAAACUGAGAUGUUAUUGCAUCUCAAAAAUGUAUAAAAAAUUGCAUAAUCAGGUGUGAGAUGAGUGAAUGACGAGCUGUUCUAAAGUUAUUAUCAUUAGUUGGUGGUUCGUUCUUGUGACUCGAUCUUCUGUAAGGUGUGUGAUAAUAUUCAGCAAUUUCCAGUUGUUUAUAUCAGUCCCUUCAAUCUGUACUUGCAGGAACAUUUUAUAGAUUCUCGUGUUUGUAAUGAUGGUUACAAUAAGUUGGGCAUGUAUUUUAUAACAGAGAUAAAUUAUAUUGUGAUUUUAGGUGUGUGAGGGGCAAAUCCACUUUGCCAGAAUGUAUGAUGGAGCGAAGAGUCCAUUACCCUGUUUUCAAGGUGUAAGAGGCCCGGAGGUUGUUAGGAGUCUCUUGGAGAUUGAAGCUACAUUUGAAAAGAAUCUGCAGAUUUUAAAAGAUGUGAAGAAAACCAUUUUAGAUGUCAAGGUAUGAAUAAUAACUUUACUAUAGCAGCAAAAUAGAAAAACAGUGUGUGUAGUUUCAGAAAAUAUCCUUACUCACAAAUAGGCAGGGGAGAAGUGUCUUAAAGGCUAAAUUGUAAAGGAACAGAAAGACUGUACUUAAAGAGGGAAUUUUCAAAGGAUAAUGCCAUAAAACAGUGGAUAAAUCACUUUAUCCACUAAAAUUAAAGCGAAAUCAGUUUUUCUUAUACUUCUAGAUAUUGAUUUAUCUGUUGGUUAGUGCUAUCUUUUGAACAACUGGGGCCUGGUGUACAAUAAUAUUGUACGGUCAACUCCUGAUAACUUGAACCUUCAAGGGAAAUUGAAAAAAGUUUGAGUUAUCGGGAGUUCGAAGCAAAUAACUAGAAGUAAGGAAAUGGGAUCAUGGGGGAGGGGAGGAAUGCAAGUAGCAUACACACUGCACUUCAAGGGCCGGCAGCGAGAUAAAUUUUGCUAUUUUAAAAGAGGAAUUAAACAACAAUUACAAAGCUUGAUUAAUCAGUACAGGGCUAAACAUUGUAUUUAAAUUGGAUUAACAAAAAAGUAAAGACAAAGAAUUUAUACACGGUUGGUUUGAAAUACAUUCAGUGUUUAAUGAACUGGAGUUCGCUACACUUAAAAUCAUGGUUAGAGUUAUCAAGGGUAAAAUUGUAUUGAAAUGAUCGGAAGGGAAAGAAAAAUUACUUUGAGUUAGCAGGAGGUUCGAGUUAUCCAGGGUUUGUGUUACCGAGGGUAAAAUUACAGUAAAUGUAUGAAGGAAAUCGAGGUGAAAUCUAUUUUGGUUUGCGUUAGCAAGGGUUUAAGUUAUCAGGAGGCGAUCACGAUUGUAUUAAAAUUACCAGAAAAAUUAGUUGUUAGUCAUAAAAUUACUUUCAGCUUUUUCUGUUUUUUAACUAGGCAACUACAUGGCAUGAUGAUUAUAACAGGUAAGUGAAGGCAAAUUACUUUAAAAGAAACAGAAAAUAGCCGUGGUCCUGAAUAAUGACAAUUAUGAAGUUUGUUGAAUGUUGUUAUAAUUGUCAAUAUUAUUGUGUUCGUGAAAUUGAAUGUAAAGAAAGACUCACUGUAGUAAAAACAAAGUUGCGUUUGAUGUUGCCUUAUUUAACUCAUAUUUUGGGCUAACUUUGAUAAUUAUGUUUAUCAUUGAUGACAAGACACCUUCAUGGUCAUUUUUUUAGAGAUUAUACACUGUAGUUUGCUCAAUUUUGGAUUGUGCAUCAUGAGUUUUUUCUGGUACAUGGUAAUUGAAUACUGAUGUGUUUGUUUUAAGGUUUCGUGCUGGUGUGAAGGAUUUAGAAGUUAUGGUUCAAAAUCUUAUCUCCUCUGCGUUUGAUACAAUAACGACUGUUCAAGAGGGAGUGGAAAUCUUGGAUAUCUUCCAACAUUUGUCAUCACGUGAGGUACUAUAGAACACAUUUCAGUAUAAACAAUUUCAAAGCAACAGCUGACUGUGUUCCGUCUUGAUGGUUUUAAGAAGAGUGGUCUUUGAAUAUUUUGAGGGUUCAACAGGGCUGUCUCUAAGAUUUCAAGUUUUUGGGAAUAUGCAGUUAGUAGGGGGGGAACUGAACUUCUAGAAAGUUCUUUUAGUUCAACUUUGUGUCUUAUGAAAGAGGUCAUGCUUGUAGAGAUGGGCAAAUCCCCAUCAUGGCCAGCCCCCUUCACUUAGUGACAGCGCUAGAUUUGUCAAUACUACUUCUUUUCUUAUCCUAAGUGAUAACAAAGAAAUCAGCCCUAAACUUUUCUCUGUCAAAUCUGCUGCGUUAUAACUGACCCUGGUGGUAUUUUAUGUUCUAAAUUAGAGUUAGAUGUUGUGUUUUAAGUUUUCGUUGAUAUGAAAUUCUGGAAAUGAUGGGGCCAUUUAUACAAAGAAUAAAAUAUUAAUUCAACUUUCCUGAUAGAGGAAUUUGACCUUUGCCCAUAAAGUAAUUUUAUAUAGGUAUAAGAAUGCUCAAAGAGUUUUCAUUUGUGUUAAUUGUAGGCCAUAAAAAGAACAAUUGACAAGAAAACAGUGGAGGUGUACCAGCUCUUUAAUGAAGAACUAAAUCUUGUCAAGAAAGAGUUCAACACCAAGACUGUAGAUUUACCACCGAUGUACCCAAAUUAUGCAGGAUCUGCGGCAUGGGCUAGGAUGCUCAAAAGACGUAUAGAUCGACCAAUGAAUGUAAAUAUUAAUAGAGGAUUAUUUUAACCUUGAAUGUUUUGUUCCAGAAAGUAUCAAUUCUUCCCUUAUGAAUGGCUUUUUUAUUUUGAGCCCCUUCCCCACCUUUUUCCUUUAAAAAAGUUUGGCAUGACCCCCCUUCCCCUCAGAUUUCCAAUGACCCUUCUUUGGUGGGUAUUAUAUUUUUUUAGAUCCAUACAAAAUAUUAAACACCUACAGUGCUUUCAUUCAAAUUUUAGUUGCCUUAAGAUUUAAAAAUGUGGAAGUGUGAAGAUUACUGCUUUUCCUAGGAGGUCCCCAUUUAUGUUUAUUAGAAGGAAAAAACUGAUUACUAUGAAAACAUACAUUUGUAAUAAACAAAGAACACCAGAUAAUGUCCAGAUUCCCAAAAGAAAAAAAUUCAGUAAGUUAGAUUCUCACCCAGAGCUCAGAAUUCUUUCUGAGCUUGCUGGUGUUAGAAAUCUCCUUCUUCCAAAUAUUAUAAAGACCCAAUAACAAUGUCUUCCUCGGGCAUUUUAACGUAUUGUUUCUGUGAUCUGAUCAAGAAAAGUCUGAUCAUAAACACAAAUAACUGAGGAAAAUCCCAAUAUUUUUCUGUUUUACACAGGUUUUAAAUAAAGCCUUCUUUCUGCCUCUGAUUGGAACUGGUGAGGAGAUUAGGUCACAAUAUCAACAGCUUGCUCAGGUAAAAAAAUGAAAAUUAAUAUAUUAAACGUUUUUUGAUGUAAUUCAACUCAAGAUGUGUGGAAAGAUAUUUUUCCUUUUAAAUUUAAGUCCUUUAUCUAAACCCAACUAUUUGUCCUUGGAUCUCUGAGAAUGGUCAUGAAAUUGAAAAAAACAUAAAUUCUUGGAAGACUCUGGUAAUUUUUUUGUCAAUGUCUGUGUUCAUUAUUUUUUAUUACUCAUAACACGUGAUACCAUGUUGACGUGAUGCUGCUCUAGGAGGGCUGUAAGUACUAAAUAUUCAAUGUCCUUCCAUUACAUUACAUAAUCUGCAGGCCCUUGAUGAAUUUGUGAGGAAAACAUUUAAUGAGUGGACAUCUACUGUUGACAAAGAUGCUACCAGACUUCUGGAGAUUCCUUUGAUGCGUCGCAGUCUUGAUAGAUCAGGAACACUUGAUCUCAAUUUUGACAGGUUAUUACAUUGUAACAUUUUGUCAUUUUGUCAUUUCAUUUUUUUCAUUCAGUUAAUUACUUAUUGUUUAUUAAUAUUAUUUGAUUUUGCUCCCUCUCUUGGGGCUUGAAGGGUUAAAGGAUAUUUGUUUUCUAUUACAGAACUCUUCUGAAAUUGUUUAAUGAAAUCCAGUACUGGGAAAAGCUGAUGUUUGAGACACCACAUUAUGUGUCUGAACUGUACAUGAAGAAGGAAGAUCUACGUAUUCUCAGAGAAAAUGUGCUUCUUGUUGUCCGUGACUACAACAGGUUAGUGCUGAAACAGUACAUGAGCUUGCAUUGUCAUGGUUGACAUAGGCUGUUAAAAAACAAAAGAAAACUGUUUGAGUCUAGAAGUAAUAUUGGAAUUAUAACAGCCUCCAUGUCUGUCAAUCAACUGAAUGCAUUGGAAGGAAAGCUCAGUAAGUGUACAGAGUUGGUGAGCUUUCAUCAAACACAGAUAAAAUAGUAACAGGACUUACAAGUUAUCAGACAGAGCAAAAGCCAAGAGAAAAGCGUUUACAUACUUUGUUUUUACUUGAUCAACAGAAUCAUUGCUGUUUUGUCAUCUGAAGAACGUGGAUUGUUCAGGGAGAGAAUCCGAUCACUGGACAAAAAAAUCCAUCCUGGUUUGACUAAGCUGACAUGGGCAUCCAAAGGAAUCUCAGAUUACUUCAUUGGAGAGUGCAGAAAUAACUGUAGUAAGGUAAAAGGCUCUCACUGAGACUAAUCACACCCUCAAAUAACUUAAAAGAACAGAGAUGUAUAUUUAUUCAUUUCUGAAGGAUAAAUAUUACCAGCCUUGAGCCUGAUCUAUGACAUUUAAUCCGUUGUCAAAUGAAAAAUUGAAGUUGACAAGAGUUUAGUAUCACACUUUUAUUGGGACUGAAGGUUUUGAAUUACUUUUGAUAACAACUGGCACUACUAGUAUAGUGAAGUGAAGGUCUUAUAAUUUUCUUACCUUGCUGAUGUUAUAUAGUUUUCACAACUCUUGCUGCUAGCACUGUCUACAGUGUAUGUGGUUGGCAUUAUUAAGUGGCGUCAAUGUAGUUGGAUAAUAAUUUGAGAGAUUUAAUAAUAGGCUGGCAGAGAAAAAUGUUGAAAGAGGUACCAUUGUAUUCCUUUUUUUUUACAUGUUUUGUAGGUACAAGAAAUUGUUGAUGACUACAAGAAUGCAAACUUGACCAUUUCUAAGAACUGUAAGAAGAUCAGUGAGAUGCUACUGGUUAAGAUUGAUGGCAAGAAGCACUAUGAAAACUUGGAAUUCGAAGAGGAACAGGUAAUACGGUCAUUAUGCUUGUUAUUUUUAUUCUCAUAUUUCCAUUAUCUCACUGCUCUUACUACCUAAAUAACUAGACCAUUAGUGCUGUGAUGGCUUGUCCAUUUGACAAGGUUUAGAGUUUUUUGUUGGUGAGCUGUCUCAGAUAUCUGCCGUCCAGCUGCUCAAAGGCUAGAUACUGCUAUAUAUCCACUGAGAUAAUGCAAGUUGUUUCUCUAAUACAUAUCCAUCCACUGUUUUAUUGGUUCCGGUCAUUUAGCCCCCAAGUCAUUUUGCCCUGGUUACUUAGCCCUCUUUUCUAGAGCGAGGAAUAUUACAUUUGAAGUGCACUUGUUUUGCUUUCUGGCUUAUAGAACGAGGAAUAUUACAUUUGAAGUGCGCUGAAUGACUUGAACAUAGGGGCUAAUUUAGCGGGGCAAAAUGACCGGUUACCCUGUUAUCUUGUGGAGAGUACUAUCCAAUGUUUGAACAACCAGGACCUACUAAACUAUUCACAGUCCCCUGUUUUCUCAGAAGAUCGUCCGGAUCGAGCACUUACCGUCUUGGACGGGCAUCUUGGUUUCAGAUGGGUGUAGCCAAGAAAAAUCCCCCCUGCACCACUAUAAACCCCAGGGCCCGUGCCCUUGGUACAUAUGAAAACAAGAUGGCAGCCCUUAACGGUAAGGGCUCGAUUUGGACAAUUUAAUGGAAAAAUAAGGAACUGCAGACAGUCAAAGGACCUACUUUCUGCCUUAUCGUGUGGGCAUUCCUAUAAUCACUAGAAGUACUGUAAGUAUAUGGACACUAUUCUAUUCUAUUCAUUUUGUUUACAGAAAAGCCAUCGCGGUAUUGUACAAACAAGACUGCAAGUCAUCCAUGUGGAAAUUGUUGGUACCAUGAAGCAGACUUAUGAGGUUUUCAAGCAUGAUGGACAAGAGGUAUGUUAAGAAAUGAUAUACAGUGUUUCACUGCAAAGUUUGUUUCUACAAUAACACAGUUUUGACGUCUCUCACCGUUGAAGCUUUUGGGAAAAUUUCGUUCGCGAGAAAGAGACAAACAAAUUUCACAACCAUCACGUCAUUUCCAUGGUCUGUACUCUUAUCAAAUGUACUAGUCUCAACCAAUUGACACGUGAGAAAUCGCUCAGUUAUUGUUAAAAAAAAGUUUAACCAUUGUAGUUAAUGGUUUGUCUUGUUUAAAUUUCAGGUUCAAGCCCACUGGCUACGUUACACAGAGAAAAUGGAUCGCAUGGUGGAGGAAGCAUUUCGACUAAAUGUAAAAUGGUCAUUACAGGAACUUUCCAGAGCCAUUAAUGGGGAUGGCAAGAGCGCUCCAAAUCCUCUUCUUAGGGUUAAAGUUGUGUUGGAGGGUGAUAAGGUGAGUGCAUAAUGUAGGGAGGAUGUUCAAAUCCAGAAACAGACAGACCUUUUUAAGGAUAUCAAGUAGACUAACCUAAGAAACCUUAUUAAUUAUAUAGGUUAGGAUUGUACGAAGUUUGAUAUUUUCACUCAACCCCCCCCAAAAAAGAUAAUAAUAAUAACAUAAUGGGGAGGUAUCAGUAAGGAGAACUUUGAUUGCUAUAAGCUGUUUAUGGUUCAGAAUUUAGCCUUGACUAUCCACUUUAUGGGAGAAUACUUUUGGAUGCACAAUGUCGUGAUUAAACUAAAUAUUGCUCACUGUUUGUUAUCUUAAUAUCCAGGUUGAAUUUUCUCCAACACUGAAGAAACUUGCCAGCAUGAUGGACAACAUUGCAGUUCAGCUGACAGCCUGUCUGUCAAUUUUCCAGCGACUUCCAGAUCUUCUGACCAAGAAGAGGUCAACUAAAGAGGUAAUUUCAUCUUUUUAAAGAUUUAUCGCAACAGAAAAUUGUCCAGAUUAUGAAAAGGGCUCAAAGCAAACCUAAAUCAUUCCUGUUUCAUUUUUUAGCCUGUGUACGUGAUCAUUGAAAAAGACGAUGAGACAAAAAAGAUUCAAGCAAGUAUCAAAGCUGGCAUGUCUGCUAAUGCCUCUCAUCUUCAGUCGUACCUCAGCACCUGGGACAGGUAGGUUGAGAUUACGAGUUUUCUUUCUGGCAUUUUAACAGAUCAUUAACAUUAUCUGCCACCUGACCAUUCACACUGUCAGAUCCUGAUAUCAGCGUUAAAGACAGCAACUUCGAAGAAGGUUGGGGGGAUCUGUUCCCUUUUAAAGGUUGGACUUUGUGGGACACUGGUUAGGGAAACUAUCCUAUCUACUAUAAUUUAGAAUCGAAUUGUCUAUAAAAUUUUAAAUUAUUUCAUCCCCCAUUUGCCCCAUUUACAAAUGAAUUGUGAAGCUUUCAAUUAUCUUUAAAAUCACGAAAAUUCCGCAAUGUCAUGCUCUAGAAUAAACGCAGGACAAACAAACUACAGUCUAACAAGUAAGUCAGAGUGGUUCUGCUCCUCAUUUCACCUUGGAUCUAUCCAGCAGUGAAGGAAAUACAAGCUGAAACCUUAACUUGCUUAAGUAAACCCAGCAGUAUUUGACACCUUUUUUAAUACCCAUAUAUUAUUAUUAUCAUUAUUAUUAUUUAAUGACUAAUGAAGCAUUAACUCUUUAGCUACCGGGAAAUCUGGGAAAUACAGAAAGACGCUUUCAUCAGGAGAUAUCAGAGACUUAACCCACCGGUGUCCUCCUUUGACGCUGACAUUUACAGGUUUGUGUAAUUUUGGCUUUAAACAGUACAAUUUUGAAGUAAACCAUGAUUCAAAGUUUUGAUGAAAGAAGUUGCAACCUGUUCGUUUCUAAAGCGUUACGUAAUUUGUUUUCUACGUAUUCAAUAAGUUUUUUAGCGUCAUUCAACAUUACGUUUGCGGACUAUCAAACGGUUAAACACUGUAUCAUUCACUUAAGAGAUAUUGCAGGUAAAUUUGCGGUUAGUAAUACUGACAAUUUGGAAAAGUUUGUCCCUGGUUUGAGCCCAAGCAAUGCUGAAUGUCAGUGUUUUCUUUCCAGGUAUACAGAAAUUGCCAACAAUUUUCAGAAGGAAGAGACAGUACUUAAUAUCGACUUUGUGCUUCUGGACAACUCACCUCUAAAGUUUGCACUUUUAAGCCACUGCAAUGAAUGGCAAAGCAAGUUCACAACCCUGCUGCGGGAAAUGGGAAGCCAGAAACUGCUGGAGUUGACUAAUUUCCUGAAGAAUAAUGCAAAGAAGUAAGUUUUCCAGUAUUAUUAUCGAAGGUUACGUGAUACUCAAUUCUAUUUAUCAGUACGUUACUUCACAUAGCAUCGAUGGCUGGUCAUAAACCAAUAAUGUUCAAAAUCGCCAUCUUGGUUAUAAAGUAAAGUUGAAGUUUAGUGUACUAUGAAAUGAGCGUUCCCUACAUUGAUAUCACUAGUUAUGAAUAUUUCUUGAUGUUACAGAAACUAUUGAGUAUUGUCCGGGUAUGGGUAUUGGUCAUUAUCUUUUCAUUCUGUUAUACAUAUAUAACGUCAUCUGAGACGGAUAUUCUAGGGAUAAAAAUUUGUGUCUAACUUCCAGUAAAAGGCUACCCCCGUCGCAUGUCAUUUAUAUAAUCUAAAGGUUCAUAUAAUUACACUUCUAACAUUAGGUCUUAGAUAUGAGUGCUGCACUUAGUUUGGCACAACCACCUUGUUAGUGUAUUUUUUGGCUUCAUAAGGAUGUCAAGAAGAGUUAUGGAGAUAAGCAUAGUGUUGGGUGGAGCUGAGUUCGUAAAUUUGGUAAGAUGUUUGAUACUUGAAAUAAAGGAGUGUUUUGGUAUACCACAGCAACAGAUGAGUUAAAACUUCAACCAGCUAAACAAGCACAGCAAAGUCACGAAGAAGAAUAGUUCAAGCAACGUCACAAAGAUGGACGGUUUUAAUACUCCUUAUCUGCUAGCAUUAUUUAGGAUUUAAAGUCAUAGUUCUUGUCCCUAGACUUGCUACAAGUCGACCUCUUGGCGAGCGAUGAAGUCGCGAGAGGUCGUCCCGCGCCAUAUGAAAUCCGAUGAAGGACUUUUUGAAAGUCUAUUCUUGUCCCGUGUUAUUAGGAAAUUUACAGUAACUUUGUGAUCUUUACAGACUCAGUGCUCCUCCAGAAACUCUUGACCAGCUUGGUGAUAGUCUGGCUCUCUUAGAGCAACUUCAACAAGACUUGUCCAACAUUGAAGCGAAAUUCCCCCCUCUACAUCAGCAGUUUGCUAUUCUUGAGAAGUACGAGGUUGCUAUCCCUGAAGAGGUGUGUAGUUGAGAUACAGUGAGAGAAGUAACGACAAAAAAUAGUAGUAGUAGUAGUAGUAGUAUAUUAUUUUCUGUACCACUGUACCUCACUCCUCCACCUCCACCAAAAAAAAGUCGUCUCCGUUCCCAACUUGUUUUAUCCCUGAUGCUAGGAGAAACCAGCUUUAAAAAAACAUAGUAUUUAGGACGGUCUCUUACUAGUGCUUAGUAUGUGUUGUUAAUGACCAAUAUACUCAGGUAAAACUAAUAUUAAAUUCCUGUAGUCUCUUCUUUUCUUCAUCACAUCAAGAGUUAACACCAGAGCCACUAGUGCUUAAUGUGUUAUUUAUUAAGGUAGAUUUUUUUAUCAAGAAGUUGGAUAUUUUUAUUCUGAGUGGUUGCUUAACAGAACUUAAGAAAAAAGGAAAAGACUACCCAGUAAUUCACAAAACUGUCUGCGGUUGCUUACGAGAGCUUUUCUUAGCGCUGAAAGAGGCUUUAACAAUGCUGGUCGUAACUAGAGCUAGUGGUUUAUGAAAGAAAAAUUUUCCCAGAAAACUCCUCACUUGGAAUGACUAUCAACGCAUCGUAAUGACUUUGUCUUGUUAAGUGCAGGUUACGUUAAUUUUGUAACAGGUACAGCAGAUGUUGGACCAGUUGAACGGCGAAUGGGUGUCCUUUCAACAGUGUCUGAUUGACAGCGAUGCUAUGCUGAAGAAGAGCAAGGAGAAGUUCAAGACUGGGCUAAUCCAUUCUUCUGAAGACUUUAAGAAAACAGUGACUACAUUGUUUGAUGAAUUUCAGAACAAGGGACCUUAUAGCAGCUCUAUAUCUGUUAAAGAGGUUUGUAAAUGUCUGUUCUCUCUAUAAUGCCAAGUGUUUCGGAAGUUCUUGAAAAGAGGUUUGAUCAGUUUUGAUCCCUGACAGCCCGUGAAUUGCAUAGCCAAUUCCUAUCCCAUGGUAUUUUUUUUUUUGCAUUUCACUGCCUUAUGUAGCGUCUCUCUUUUGUGUUGUAUGUUUGCUAGUAGUUUAGAAAAUUAAAACCCUUUGAAUUACUAUUGUUUGUCUUGUUUAGGCCUUAGAAGAGGUACGAACUUACCAGGAACAAGUCACCAAUCUAAAGUCUCAAGAAACUAAGCUUAGACGAGGACUAAACAUCUUUAAGAUCGAGCAACCACCGUCAAAGGACUUGCAAGGAAUAGAGAAGGAUCUGGAAUAUCUGGAGCAAGUUUGGACAAUCACCAAGGAAUGGGAAGAGCUCUGGGAUGCCUGGAAGGUCGGCAAGUUUCAGGAACUGGUUACCACAGAUAUGGAGACAACAUCACAGCUGCUUUUCAAGAGACUGAACAAGUUGGUCAGAGAAGUCAAGGUACGGAGGUUACAUUCAUUCAGGGUAAAUCAAUUGUCAUCUAUAGACUAUACAAUCUUUUCUAAAAUAUACGAACUGCUGAUAAGCUUAUCAAAACCUCUUAGUAUGAUUUUGGAAUUCUUAUCUUGCUUUUUGAAUGAAACUAUUUUGGACCAACCAGUUACAUUGAAAUACGAUUCAACAGCUGGACCAUAACAUUUAACCAUGGGAGUUUUAAAUUAGCUUCCAAGAUGGUUUCAAUCUGUUGUAAACUAUUUAAAGUGGCUCCUUCAAGGUUAAGGAGACACUGGAUAUCAGUAUUUUUUGCUUUAAGGUUUACUCCGAUCUUCGGGGGAAAAAAGAAUUGAAUCAACUGAACCUUUGGCGACGUAAAAGAAGAGAUUGCACUUUGCUAUGUAGUUAACCAAUAAUGGUUUGAACUUGCUUUUGAAGGAUAAAAAUUGGGAGAUCUGUGAUUCCAUCAAGUCGCGUAUUGAGCAGUUCAAGCGUACCAUGCCUCUGAUCCAAGACUUGAAAAAUCCAGCUAUGAGGGACAGGCACUGGGCGCAGAUCAAGUCUGAGGUUCAGAAGCCUUUUGACCACAAUGGUGAAUAUGUUUUAUAGUUGUACAUAACUUCUACAUGUGUAAACUUAGUUUCAGCAAUAAGGCCGUUGGGUUUGCUGAUUAGCUACUGAUUUGCAGAAAAUAAAAAUCGAUAGUAUUUUUGCUCUAUAGACCGUAUCAAGCUUAGAAGAUAAUAAAAAUACUUCAUUCAAAUACAUAUAUGCAUAUAAACAUGAUACAUGAUACAUAUUUGAAAAGGUGGACCGCGAGGUUAUCCCUAUAAGAAGUUCCAGAACUGAACUUUAAAAAUAUUAAAAAAUUAUAAAAAACGCGCGUAAAAAUCAUUAGUGCAGGUACAAAAUGGUAUAGUAAGAAUGAUAUUUAAAGUAAAAAAUGAUUCGUGAGUGAAGAGAUGGUUUGGUAGACUGUUUCAGUCUAUGAAGAUAUGACGCGUGAAUGCCGCUAUACCACUGUACUUGUAAUACAAGAAUGUAACAGGUCUAAUCUACAAAAUGGUAUAGUAAGAAUGAUAUUUAAAGUAAAAAAUGAUUCGUGAGUGAAGAGAUGGUUUGGUAGACUGUUUCAGUCUAUGAAGAUAUGACGCGUGAAUGCCGCUAUACCACUGUACUUGUAAUACAAGAAUGUCACAGGUCUAAUCUGAUUUCAGUCAGGUCAAUAUUGAUUCAGCCUGGCUUGGCUCUUAACCUUCUUUUGUCUCCCAGCCCCAGGCGCAAAGAAAAUUGAGAAUCAACCCGCGUGAAAACAUUUAACGUUGUUGCUGACUAACUUAUUUUUCUAUUUUUCAGCUGACGAUUUUACUCUCGAAAAGAUCAUUGAGCUUGGCUUGGAUCAGUUUGCAGAGCAAAUCAGUGAAGUGUCUGGCGCUGCUAGCAAAGAGCUGUCCAUCGAACAAGUAUGCCACUUAUGGUCUUCAUUUUUCUGUCAGUCCUAGAAGAUGAUGAUGAUGAUGAUGAUGAUGAACUUUAUUCAUGUGUCGAUGUAUUUAGCUGACGCUAAUUGGGGAAGAUCUCAUUUUUGGUGAUUAAAGAAAAGGGCGGCGAAGGGUUGCACACUUAUAUUCGGUCUUUUGCUUGGUUACAUUAGAACUGUUUCUGCUAAUGGUGUGUUAACUUGAUCUUUCUUCGACAGUCAGGUUAAACAAACAGGCUAGUUACUCUCUACCUGUUCUCUACUAGUAGACUUGCAAAAGUGCUUCCAUGUUAACUAUCUCUGGAUGCGUUCAUCUUAAUUAGGGGUUCUUUUAUUUCAAGGGAAGAAAAAUCACUUCAUAACGAUAAUGCUUUUUGUUGGUUAUAAGGCCAUUGCAAGCAUCGCAGAAAGUUGGGAACAGAUUACCCUGGACAUCGGACCCUACAAGGACCGUGGACACUUCAGACUAAAGUAGGAAUAUUGGAAAUUGUUUACAAUUAUCAAUUUGUAGAGUUGAGUGGAUGAGACAUUUGUUGCAUUCUCAUUUAGUAGUUAAAAUUUGAAUUGGUGAUUAACUUAAGUGUUAACUUGUGUGUUAAGUAUAUUGUUUGAUUUCCGGACAUUUGCUUUACUCUUCAGGAAAUAAGAGCAGGUUUCCUUCAGUUCUUUGUGUAAUUUCAGAAUAUCUUUGGUGUUGUUGGAUGGAUGUUAUGUUUUCUUACAAUGUACUGAAUGACUCUUAUACUGGUGCUCAAGCGUACAGUUCCACAUGACUAUAAAUUAAAACUUACGUGUUAGUCGCAGUUUCUCGCUCCUCAGCACUCUUAUGUUAUUAUCAGUUAAAAUGCUUGUCAUCAAGGACUUGUCAAUUUUCCUAGGCUUAAGCGAAAACAUGUCGGCAGGUCAUUGAAUGAAUUAUCAAGCAACAUAGAUUUGUUUUGCCCCGACUCAAAAUGCUUGUCAUCAAGGACUUGUCAACAUUCCUAGGUUUUUAUAUGUUUAUGGUGGAAGGCCAUUGACAUGAAUUAUUAAGCAUUAUUAAAGGCAUUUUCUUUUAUUUUCAGAGCAACUGAUGACGUCUUCCAGCAGUUGGAAGACAACCAGGUUACCUUGUCCACCAUGAAGGCGUCACGAUAUGUCAAAGCGUUUGAAGCUGAGGUGAGAACUUUGAAAAACAUAACGAAAUACUUACGUAUGGAAAGCUAAACUAGAUGUCCUUAGGUAAUGUGUACCAGCAACGGUGGGGACCAAAGAUUUCUGUACCAUCAGUUCAUUGGGCCUCCUAGCCAGCUUUGAUGAAAAUGGCAAGUCACUGUUCUUACGAUUGUAACUGAUUUGACGGGUUCACUCAUUCAUCAGCGCCUUGGUGGUUGAGCUUUUCAUCUAGACUGCAAUUAUUAUGGUGCAUGAUGAUAGUAAAGCACUCAUCGUUGUUCUGUAUUUACCAGGUUGACAAAUGGGAAAGAACUUUGUCCCUCAUUUUGGAAGUCACUGAAAUGAUCCUGACUGUACAAAGACAGUGGAUGUACUUAGAGGUUUGUUAUUAAUAGUUAACGGUGUUAUCUGUGACCGUACUCUCCUCUUUUUUCUCAUCCAGAAAAUGACAGUUGAUGUCUUUAGCAUCUUCCCCCCUGGCCUCCCAUCCCUUAUUUUUCUUCCUUCCACUGUUUCAUCAGUGUGACGGGUGCUGGAAUGUGGGCUCAUGGCUGGGUUGCCUUUGCCAGCCAUGGGGGGAAGUAUUCUAUAUCUAGGGUUGGCUUGCCACAGUGGAAGCCCCUGGGUAUCCCAGGCACCCACCUUCCACUUAAGCGAGGCACAUGGUUAAGUAACCUUUUAAGGCUGGUGAACAUUCUCUAUCACUGAUAAUUUGUAGCCACAUUGCUACACAGCAGACUGCCAAAGUUGAAGACAGUUCUUGCAAUAAGGCAACAUUUUACGUCCAUCAGCAACCCUUCCUCCCACCCAACAGCAUUUACAUAAUUUGUAAUUUACUUGCCUCACUUAACAUGAUGUGCUCUAAUUUUUGUCAGAAUAUUUUCCUCGGUGAGGACAUUCGUAAACAGCUUCCCAGAGAAUCAGCAGAGUUUGAUGGUGUCAAUGCUAACUGGAAGGUAAAAUUUUAUUUUAGAAUUGGUCCUAAUAGUUUAUUUGCAUUCUUUUUAACACUGUUUUUGGUUUUGAUGCAGGUAAUCAUGCAGAGACUGAACAGAGAUAACAACGCACUGAGGGGAACUCAUCAUCCAGGUUAUGUUUUAUACGUUUCUGUUUUUCGUGACUUUGAUCAACAGCCCAUCUCUUUUUUUUUAUCAAAGAUACAAGAGAUUUGAAGGAAUGUUCCAGAACUUACUUGUAUUUAGCUUCUUUUACUUCCACCAUUUCUGAGAAAUAUUUCAUUUUUGGUGGCCUAACUCUGUAAGAACAAGAAAAACGCUUUAUGCAUUGAGUAUUCAAUUAUGUUAUUUGAUUAAAUUUUGCAGGCCUUCUCGACACACUAAAUGACAUGAAUUUGAAACUGGAGGAGAUUCAGAAGUCACUCGACAUGUACCUCGAGACCAAGAGGCAGAUAUUCCCUCGCUUCUACUUUCUUUCUAACGAUGAUCUCUUGGAAAUACUUGGCCAGUCCAAAAAUCCUGAAGCUGUAAGUAGCAGUUGUAGUUAAAACGUUAUCCCAGAAGUGUUGUCCUUUUUAGAGAGUUGGAUUAUUUAGGUUAUUAAACCUGCUGGUGACCAACUUUGUAGAGAUGCCCGGCAAUGUUUUCAGAGUUGAAAAUUACCUUAAGACAAAUAUUUUCCUUGUGGUUCAGUGGGAACUGGCAAUUGAUUUCAGCCCUGGCAAGCUAUCUAAGCUAUCUCUUCCUUCACUUGGAUAGCAACCUACCUACGAAUUUCAUGACAAAUGCCCCUAAAAGUGAAUUUCAUCGUCAUUUACCUUAAAGAAUAUCUAUACACGGCAUAUUACUCUACCCCUUGCAGAAAAUUUAACAAGUAACAGAGGACCAGUGAAUAAACCGUGAAUAUUGUUACUCUCUUAGGUUCAACCUCACUUGAAGAAGUGCUUUGACAACAUCAAGUCCCUCAAGAUGGCGAAGGUAACAAAUUUUUUUUUUUUUGUGGAAAAAAAAAGCGUCCGAAAUAUCUUUUGAGACAUCACACCUUAAUCUGUACCUUUUUUUGUAUAGAUGGGUAUCACACAGAAAACCGAGGCAGUUGGCAUGUACUCUGCUGAGGGAGAAUUCGUAGAGUUUGGUCAUUCUGUUCUUUUGGAAGGCCCUGUCGAGGUAUGUUUUCAUUCAUGCUGUUAGCUCUGAUGGUAAGGGAAAGGCACAUUCAAAUUCUGGUGCUAACGUAACGUGCUACUUAGUAAUUCAUAAUACUACGAAGGAUACGCAGAGGAUUUAACCACCUAGAAGGUUAUUCCUAGUUGUUGUUCCUGUUAUGAGUAGGUAAUAUGGUCAUGCACGACACUCUCGUCUGUAUAUGCUCUGGUGGUAGCUCGGACAUAUAAUAUGUUCUUCCUUGUUUGUCAGGCAUGGCUGUGUGAUGUUGAGAGAAGUAUGCGGUGGACCCUAAAGGAACUACUGAAACAGUGCAGACUAGCCCUGAAGAAGAACACUAGUAAACGCGACAAGUGGGUCAAGGAGUGGGCUGGUCAGGUCAGUGAUGAAUUCUUGGUUGAUCAAUGUUCUUCGUGUAUAUUUAAAAAGGAUGCCUUUUCAUGCACUGCGCUUGCACGCUCCCUGACAGAGUUGAAGCCUGGUUAACCUGUUUCGAUGUUAGUCACCAUGAUAUAAACCAGGCCUACCUGGGUUACUACGUUUGGUUAGGCAUGUCAAGCAGGUUCACUGGGGUUGCUAUGGUUGAUCCUAGCCACUACUGGCCAUAACUGGUAACCAGGUCUACCAGGUUUGACGGGAAUACCUAAUGGGAUUGAUCACUUAUUGGGUUUAAACCUGGUUAGCUCGCAUUCUAAAAAUCAGAGUGAAAAAGCCCAGCAUUUGCAUCCAAGGAACUAACCCUCUGCGUCCAUGGCUGUAUUGACAUUAAAUCUUCAAUUUUUGGUGCGUGUUGAUUAUUUAUUGAAAUGCUCAGCAAAGAAUGCUCAUAAACGUUUGUUGUUGUUUCAGCUGACGAUUACAUCAAGUCAAAUGCAGUGGACCAGCGACUGUACCAAGGCAUUAGCCAGCACUAAAGAAAGAGGCGACAAGAAGGCGCUGAAGAGUUUGAAAAAGAAACAGGUACUAAAAACUAACUCACGAGUUACUACACCCACUGUAGUCUGCAGUUUUAAUUUUUCUUCAAUUCUGUGUCGUGGCCUGUUGCGGAUAUGGGUAUCUGGUCCUUUACUGGAAGAGUUGUGCCUUUGUAUUUCUGCUGAUGCUUUUGUUCAAUUGUGCUUUGUCUGUGCUAUUCCAACUGAACUUUUUCAGUUGCAAUUCCUUGUUCGUGUAAUGAAAUGUUCGUUCAAAUGGUAACCAACCAGACACAUUUUUUCCACAGAUCUCCAUGCUGAACAAAUUUUCCGAAAUGAUUCGUGGUAACUUGACUAAGAUUCAGCGACAGAAGAUUGUUGCUUUGGUUACGAUUGAGGUGCACGCCAGGGAUGUGAUUGAAAAGAUGAUCAAGUCUGGCUGUGGAGAUGUAUCUGCAUUUGAAUGGCUUAGCCAGCUGAGACUCUAUUGGGACAAGGUAUUACAGUGACAUGUUUACUUAUUACUGUUCUGUUGUCUGCUGAACUCAAUGCAGUCAAAUCUGUAUUAUGUGGUCACCCUCAGGGAAUUGUUUGAAAGACGGUGACAGGGAAACGUUUCUGUCAUAAGGCGCCGUUAGCCACAAAGAGUUCUUUACUUCUGUGUGCCAAAUGGAAAAACCAUAUUACAAACCGUACACAAAUGUAUUUAGUUUACUGUUAUAAAAAGGACUUCCUUACAAAGUGACCUUUUAGUUUAGGUGAAGACAAUAAAGUUGGGAUUUAGGAAAGGGUGACUGAGGUCGCUUAAUAGAAGUGAUUGCCUUAUAGAAGGUAGUUGAUAUAGAAUAGAGAAUAAUUAAGAGUAACGCUUUCUUGAGAUGUAGCAAAUACAGGUUUUUCUGUUUCCAGAUGUUUCGUAGACUGCAUAGUGAAUGACAAACGUCCAAUUCUGCAAAACGUAACGACCCUUAUUGUUUUUAAAAUUGUUAAUCACAUUUUUGAUAUUAGUAUGUUAACAUUAACAUUGUAUUCCUGUCUCUGAUUAAUUUUUUUUUAUGUUUUGAUUUCAGGAUAUUGAUGACUGUGUAGUACGACAAACUAACACUCAGUUCCAGUAUGGUUAUGAGUACCUCGGGAAUUCUGGUCGCCUUGUUAUCACUCCUCUCACAGACAGGUCUGUAAACUGAAUUGUUUUGCCAACACGAUUAUGUGACAUACUUUUCCCAUGUCAUAGAUUCUUUUCAACCCUCUUUUGAUUUUUUCUCUUAGUAAUUUUUGGUGUGAUAUGGAUAUUUGUUUGGCUUGCCACACACCUCUGUUUGUGUGACAUUUGCAUUUGUCUCCCUUGUCGGUCUCGCACAUGCAGAUACAAUGCCCUUCCACGGCUGUAAGGGCAUGAACAUGAACAUACACGUUUCCGUCACGCAGGCCUCUCCGUGGAGGUGUUUUAACUUAAACUUCCUUUCUGUGCGACAUUAUCACGUGGUAAACGUACGACCUACACAAUUUUUCUCGAAACAGUUGUUAGCCAAGGGAUUCAAAUCUAUUAUCUUGUCUUUAUAUAGGUGCUAUAUGACACUGACAACAGCUCUUCACCUUCAUCGAGGAGGCAGUCCUAAAGGACCUGCCGGUACAGGCAAAACAGAGACGGUCAAGGAUCUUGGAAAGGCCCUUGGUAAUUACGUCAUUGUGGUGAACUGUUCUGAGGGUCUAGAUUACAAAUCAAUGGGGCGCAUGUACAGUGGUUUGGCACAGGUAUGGAAAUUAUACAUUAUUUACUAUUAUAUGACUUUUAUUGACCGAGACGUAAUAGAACUCGGGCAUUAUACAGCCAUCUUGACCUCACGCUUGGUCAAUACCGCAUGUAUAUCGAGAUCAUUCUUAGCUUGUUUGCUAAUGGUCGGUGGGUAGGUAGGACGGUAGGGAUAUAUCUUCACAUGUAUUUAAGCGUUGGUAGCCCAUUCAGCUUGGAAGCUGGAAUCUGGAGGGAUAAGACAAGACACGAAAUUUAUUUUUAAACCACUCACAGAAACAAAAAAGUGGACAAAAGGACAAUACUACUUAUGUAAGGUAUAAAGCCAUCUUCAAAAUAGCUAAAAAGCGAAUCUGUCUAGGAGGCAUUAUGAACCAUUUCAAAAUAUAAAAGAGGUUGUUACAUGAAGGCACAAGUAUUUAACGUCCCCAUGCACGUCCAGUACAGUACUGAAGGGCCCUGCUAAUGAGAGACAUUUAAAAAACAAACAAACCAAGUGAGCUUAAAACCGCCUAGUUUGGUGGUCUGCAAGAGCAAAUUUGUGAAGUACUCCACAUUACUGUUUUUUAUAUUUUCUUAAUAUUUCACAUUGCAGACAGGAGCAUGGGGCUGUUUUGAUGAGUUCAAUCGUAUUAACAUUGAAGUAUUGUCAGUGGUAGCCCAACAGAUUCUCUCCAUUCUCUCGGCUCUGUCAGCUGGUGCAACUCGGUUUGUAUUUGAAGGACGAGAAAUCAACCUUGUUUGGUCAUGCGGUAUCUUCAUCACUAUGAAUCCUGGUAAUUUUGUUUGUACUCAUAUCUGUACUAGAGCGGUUUUCAUUUGAGUAUCGUAAAACCAAAACCAAAGUAAUUACUCUAGCCAAUCACAAUGGACACAGACAAUACAGUGAACCAAUUAAAACUCGAAGUAAUUACAUGUAGCUGACGCAAAGCGCGGGAAAAUGCAUGCGAGCGUGACACAAUUGGUUUUGGUUUUCCUUCUGAUUGGAUAAAAAAGUGGCGCGAAUCUUUUAAGCCAAUCACGUAGCGUAGUAAACGCAAAACCAAUUACCUUUCGACACUCAAAUGAAAACCGCUCUAACAUGUUCAGCACUGUCAUUUCAACCUUUGUGACUUAUCAUCCUUUUCUUUUCCUUCCUUUUUGUUUUAUUGUUUGUUUGUUUUUUCGUUCCUCGUCAUCCUUGUGUCUUUUGUUUCUCUUAAAUUCUGUCCGCUUAUUAUUUUACUUUAAUUGUGAGUUGAAAUUCAGUCUGUUAUAUCGCAGGAUAUGCUGGUCGAACCGAAUUACCAGACAACUUAAAGAGCAUGUUUAGACCUAUUUCCAUGGUUGUACCAGAUUCGGCCAUGAUAGCCGAGAUCAUUCUGUUUGCGGAGGGAUUCAACAACACAAAGGUAUUUACCUGAUAAAGGCAACCUUAAAUUGAUUUUUACUUGAACCUUUUUUGAACCAAAAUAUAUGUUAAUCGUCGUGCCACAAUCCCCUCUGUUGCCAGGUGCUUGCCAGGAAGGUUCACACCCUGUACUCCUUAGCAGUGCAGCAGUUGUCCAAACAGGAUCACUAUGACUUUGGUCUGCGAGCUCUCACGUCUGUACUACGAUAUGCUGGCAAAAAGAAAAGGGCCAAUCCUGACAUGUCAGACGAAGAGGUGAGAUCAUAUAAUUAAAAUUAUUUCUUUUUGCGACAUCAAUAACAGUCUGCAACCUCUGGAGCCUGUAUUGGUCUACCACCAAAUUCCUGUAAUUUAAGCAUCUUUUUUUCUGUUUGGAGUAUAGGACGGGUAGAGAAAGAAAAGACAAAAGAACAAAAUACAAAAUAAGCUGUUAUAACCAAUCUUCAUAACUGUACCAAAUAGGAGACUAGCGAGUCACCCAAAUUAGCUGUCCAUACAUCUUGUAAUACAACAGUGCUCCAGGGUUGCUUGAUGAUAAAGAAAGCAGAUCUAAGUGGUCAAAUAUCAGAGGCAUUUGUUCUUUCUAAUUCAGUAAACUAAACACAGGCAUCACUUUAAAUUACCCAAGUUAGUUAAAUCAUCAAGUCACUUAAAAGGCACUCUUAUAUGCUUAUAUGUCUUGGUCAUCAGAUUCUGCUGCUGUCCAUGAAAGACAUGAACAUUGCCAAAUUAACCUCUCAGGAUCUGCCUUUGUUCAACGGCAUUGUAUCUGAUCUGUUUCCUGGCGUGGAGGCUCCAACUAUAGACUAUGGCAAGGUAAGAUAUAUUAAGUAUGAUAGCAAAUGUACAGUAUCCUUGUUACCUUCUCUACAAAAUUAGGGAGUUUAAGAUCCCACGACUGCGACGGCACGAAAGCGUGAUUAUCCCAACUCGCUCACCAUGUUUUAUGUAGGCAAACUCUUCUGGAGUUGAAUUCUUAAGAAAAAUAUUCAAGUUUAAAAAGAGUAAGAGAGAUUCGUCGCCGUAAGUUCACGUUUUCGAUAAAACGUGAAAUUAGGCAGUUUCACGAUCGCGGUAGUGCAGUGACGGCAAAGAAAUGUUCCAAAAAAAGCGUGAUGCACGUGCUAAGAUGUUGUUUUGCUUACCAAUUGCUUUUUGACGUUCUCCUUGCCGUCGCCGUAGUGGCAUCUUAGACUGCUUAAUAGCAACGCCACAAGGAGGCAUUUGUCGUAGAUUUUGUUGUCAAAUAGGUUGCUAUGUAUGUGUUGGUAUUUAUACUGUUUGCUUCUAUUCACCAGUUUAGAAACGAAAAGGGAACUGGAGCCGAAAUGCGUCCCGCAAUUGUUUCUGGGAUAGUUAUUGGGGACGCGCUGGUCAGCUAUUGGCUAGUUUUUUUACCUUUCCCAGUUACAGUCCCAGACUUCUUUGCGAAAAAUAACUCGACCCAGUUUCCUUGUCGUUUCUACAGUGGCCAAUUCUUGACCAACUAGUUUGUGAGUUUAAGUGUAGUAAACUGCUAAGGUGACGUAGGGCUCGUGCAUUGUUGAAUACGUUUUAUGGUUCUUGUCAGCUGCGAACUGCUAUAGAAAAAGACAUCAAGGAGUUUGGUCUAAAGCCACACCCGUCCACCAUGCUAAAGGUGAUUCAGUUGUACGAGACCAAGAACUCCAGGUAUUGUUGUUGUUGAGUGUCUUGUUAUUUUUUUUCUCCCUUAAGUAAUUUAAAAGAGUAAAAAGUACAAACAUAAAACAAAAUAGCCCUCCCAUUUAAAGGAAACUACUCCUUCAUAAGUAGUAUAUAUUUCGUAAAAGCUCAACUUCAGAUUUUGCUCUUUAAAAAAUUAAAUCACCCUAUGUCUUAUAAGGAAGUCUUAUUACAAUUGAAUUCCAAACAGAAAAGUGCAUUUUGACUGGGAGCAGCCAUUAAUUCAUGUCCAUUAUCAAGGGCUGUCCACGUUUCACGAGAUUCCGUUUUGAAAGAGUUGACCUGAAAGUGAAGAAAGAACUCUGCGUUUCCACGCAGAAAAAUAUCUUCCUCGUGUUUAACCAUACACGUCUCUCUUAAAAUUAUGUGGCCAACACUGUGUGAUAAAACUUCGUUGUUGACAAACUGUUAUUUUACCAGGCACUCGACCAUGUUAGUGGGCCAAACAGGCUCAGGGAAGAGUGUGUGUUGGAAGAUCCUACAGGCCUCCAUGACACGGUUAAAGAGAGAUGGAGACUCGAGUUUUAACGUUGUCAGGGUAAGUCCAACAGACAGAGAAUCUACACAGAAGACAUAUGUGACAAACAAACUGUUUCAAUUCCUUCAACGUACUCUUUUCGUAUCAUUUGUUACUCAGGCGGUUGCCCUGUGUUGAUUUUCUCUUUCUGUGUUUUAUUUUAUAGGAGUAUCCUAUUAACCCAAAGGCUCUUUCUCUUGGUGAACUGUAUGGCGAGUUUGAUCUCAACACAAACGAGUGGACAGAUGGAGUAUUAUCUAGUGUCAUGAGGCAGACAUGUGCAGGUGAGCUGUUAUCCACUCUUCAUGUUUUUAAGACUUUGCUAGCUAGGAUACCAGUAAAACGUUAUGUUAUUUAAGUUUUUAUGCGUUUGAAGGAAAUAAGGCCCCUAGCAUAGUUUAGCGUAAAACUUAGACUGAUCGGAAGUGGAGUUGCUUGGUAACUCUCGUGUUGUAGCGAGGCAUAAGUUCAGUUCGUGGCAGAGAGAAAACCAAACCCCCAACCCCCCCGCCCCACCCCCAAGAAGUAUUGUGCGGGGGCAUUUAAAGUGACGACAAAAACAGAGAAAACUUCGAUGAGAAACACAAUUAGGAGUGUGCCCUUCGGACGGAAUAACUCCCUGUAAGGUUGUUGUUGUUGUUUUUUUUUUUCACGAAACCCAAGAUGAUUAAAAAAAGUACGUGAUAAUUGAAGAGCAGCACUUUCCAGGGGUACUGUUUUUUAUGCUGUGCACGGUGUUAUUGUGUGAAAAUUGUGACCAUUCAAACCAUAUUUAUAGAGACGUACGUACCUUCCUGUUGUGCUGUUCCUUUAUACGCUGACUGUUAGAAUAAUAUAGAAUUUAAUAUGAGUACUUAGGUAUUUCGUCGUAAUCUUCUUCGUUAGAUGAGCGUCCAGAUGAAAAAUGGAUUUUGUUUGACGCUCCAGUGGACACUUUGUGGAUCGAAUCCAUGAAUUCCGUUAUGGACGACAAUAAAGUUCUAACACUCAUCAAUGGUGAACGAAUCGCUAUGCCGGACCAGGUCAGUUAACUGUUUCUAAUGAAUCUACCCAUCGAGUGAAAUGCGUUUGUGAUUUAAAUUUCUUUUAUAACUAUCGUCUCCAUUGUUUUUGGCUCAUCCUCUGAAGUUUACAAAGUUUUCCUUUCAGUUUUUGGCUUGGUCUGAGGUGACUGUGGUACUGGUAGUGGUAUCAGCUGCUUUAUAUAUUUUGGUUAUCCCUCUUCCAGACAUUAGUGGCUUACGCAGGAAAGAAGACGGCAAACCUUGUAUGACAAGCGUGACAAUAACUUUGUUUGAAAUAACUUUACGCCGAAUUUCACCUUCUUUUAAACUGAUAUUUUCCUAGAAGACCACAAAACAUUAAAGUUAAGUGAAGAUCACGACAAAACGCGCAAGUUAUGGCCCUGUCACGUUUGUCACCCACAAGCGUUUUGCCGUCCUCUUCCUCCUGCCGUCCUAUUGCGAAAAACUCCCUAUUGUUUGCAAUACCAUCUGAAGUACCUCCUCUAUUUACAUUGUAUUUACUCCUAAAUAAAUAUCAACGUGCGUCCCACUUAACUAACCAGUGUCAACCAUAACCAUAAUCUUGUGUUGGUCUUUUUUAGGUUUCCCUGUUGUUUGAGGUAGAAGACUUAGCUGUAGCUUCACCUGCUACAGUCAGUCGCUGUGGUAUGGUGUUUUCAGACUAUCGAGACCUUGGCUGGCAGCCUUACGUAGACUGCUGGCUAGAAAAGAGACAAGAUAAGGUAUAUUACUAGGGCAUUACAUUUGAUUGUUUUGACACUGAGAACGUUUUUUGCAUGAAUUUACUUGGUUAACAACUGCAUUGUCUAAUGGGGUUUGGGUGCGUUGGAAGACUGGGGGCUUCCCCUAGCGGCCGGGCCACCCCAAACCGAGGACCACUCCCAUACUAAUACUCACUAUGGGCAGGCGAACGACAUACUAACUGGGAAGUCAAUAAAGGGCAGAAAAGACAUUUCACCAAAACGGCACAAAAUGGCUGACGACACUGCAUUAAGCUUGCUACAACUUGAAUAAUGCUUGUGAACGUGCCCCGAUGUCUCCAACUGCAGACCGCUACAGCGCUCUUUGCUGCUGUUUGGUUAAUUAUAUAAUAUAUAAUAAACAACCUCAUCACUGUUUUUUCGUCUCUAUUUUUCCAGCAAUCUGUGGAGCACCUGCAGAGACUGUUUGAGAAGUUUGUUCCUAAAGUGCUGGAUUUCCGAAGACACCAUUGCAAGGAACUGAUUCCCACAUCAGAACUGAACUCUGUGGCUUCUUUGUGUGUUUUGUUUGACGCCCUGGCGACAGAAGAGAAUGGAGUAAGGCUCAAAAUGUCUUGUUCUAAUUUAGAAAGUCCUUUAAACUACGUGCAGGCCAUACUGUUUCAAAUGAUUCUGAUAUUACACAUUAUCAUAACAUUCUUGUCUACAAGACGAUGCAGAGUCGCACUAAGCAACUCUAACAACCUCACUGUUUUAGUGAUUCUUGUCCUUACAACUGCGCUAUUUUCUGGCACAAAUAUUCUGUCCCGCUAGGACUUUUUUAUCAAAUGCUUAAAACGGUUUUGCUCAUUUUCUUUGUCGUUUAUCUUACAGGUUCAUCCACAUGAAGACAGUUUCCCCCGCAUGAUUGAGCUGUGGUUCUUGUUCUCGUUAAUCUGGUCCAUUUGUGCAUCAGUGGACGAAGACAGCAGGAAGAAAAUGGACAACUUUCUUCGAGAAAUUGAAGGCCAAUUCCCUGCUAAGGUAAAUAAAAAAUAUUCCCGCCCAAGUUCUUCAGGGAUGAGGCCUCAGUACCCUUCUUUUGGUGUUGCUUUCUUUGUUGAAACAUCAGAAAUAGCUGAAGCUCAACUGUUGACAGCCUGCGUAGCAAGCGUUUCCGUUUGGUUUCGAAGCAAAGAAAGACUCUCGUUCUACCUUCUUCGCUCCGAAACCGCAUGGAAACGCUUGCUACGCAGGCUAAACUGGUGACCUUAGCGAGAUGCCAAAGAGAGAUUCGUGAAACGGAGGGUGCUGUUAUGCAAUUGGCUGGAAGCGUGGAGAGUAGUCCUGUGGUGCAAGAAAUCUUACACAGCUCUUUGUCUUUCAUAAUGGUCCUCAAAUUUAGGGAUGAAAAUACCGAACGUAAUAGUGCUUCAGGGCUGGUUGGUUGCUACGAGCGCAAGGUUCAAGGCUGUUAUGGAAGUUUGAAACUAAUUUAAAUGUAACAAGUUUGCUGUGCUGGAAGUUGUCAUCUCAUUUAACGUAACUGUACUUAAAACAACUAUUUUUUCUUUUGUCAGGACACUGUGUAUGAAUAUCACGUGGACACCAAACAAAAGGCCUGGGCAUUGUGGGAAGAUAAGCUGAGAAGUGGAUGGCGUUACACACCAAAGUACGUUCACGAUUAUUGAUUACUAACUCUGCGUUGCAUGGUAUAACGUUUAUUUGUGGCUUUAAUCACACAUUCAGAGCUCUUUUGUUGUGCUUUUUUAUUCACCUUGAUUGAUCUAGUGUCUAGAUUCGGGUUGAUCUUGAUUAUUAACAAGCAUUUCUUUCUAUAAGCGCUUUCAACAAUGUUCUUUUGUAAUUUUGCCUUAAAUCAUGGUAACUUUAAGUUAAAAGAAAACACCAAUUUUAAAAAUUUCUUAGCUCCGCGUUUCCCCCCGCCGUAGAUCUUAGUACAAAGAGAAAUUUGGCUUUCGAUCUACCUAAAGUUCCUGUGUCUCUUAACCGCUUCCUUUUUCAAGUAGGAUGUUGACAAGGAUCAAGGGUAAUUUGUUAUGGAUAAUAAGCUUUGAUUAUAUUUCUAUCAAAUUUUCAACCUAUUUUCUUUUGUUGUAGUACACCAUUCUACAAAAUCAUGGUCCCCACUGUGGACACUGUAAGAUAUGACUUCUUGGUGUAUAGCUUGCUUCAAGCUAAGCGACCUGUCCUUCUUACGGGACCUGUGGGGACUGGCAAGACUUCCUUGGCCCAGAAGGUGUUGCAGAGAUUGGACCCUAAAAUCUACAGUCUCUUGGUAAUCAAUCUGUCAGCACAGGUAGGUCAGAAAACGGACUCAUCUUCAGUUUACCUGUUUAUGACUCCACAUAAAACAAAGUUUAAUUCCUUUUUCUGUGGUGUUGUGAGCCAGUUAGAACAAAUGUACAAAAAUGUACAUGUAGUGAUAUUUGGUUAACCUCAAAAUACUUAGGAGCUCUUCAGUAUUCGAAGGGGAAGGAGAGGGUUUUCGCUGGAGUAACCUUUAAAGAAAAUUCUGUCGAAGCAACGGAGAGAACCAACAACAAACUCAGCCUACAUUUAGCGUUACUUCCACGAUUGGUACCCGACUGGUGUGGAGUGCUUUUUUUACCACUGCACCAACAUUUCAAACAAAAUGCAUGUGCAGCAUUUGCCAAAUGUGGUGACCGGGCGUUACCAAGCUUAGAAAAGUAUUCAAGUGUGAACUCACGACCUUAACUGGAUACCUUAUGCCUGAUUUGUUUGAGGGUCACCAUGUUAGACGUGUUUUGUCGAAUUCAGCUGUGUCCGAUAAGCAAAUACGAUACUAAAACAUUCAAAACCAUGUUCUGUUGAGCUGACCUUAUUCAAUAUCUUGUGAUUGGGGAGAAUAUCUGACGGCACUUAUUAUUUUUCUGUUUUAGACGUCUUCCAACAAUGUUCAAGAAAUCAUUGAGAGCAAGGUUGAGAAACGAACUAAAGGUAACGUUGCUGCGGUAACUGGUCAAGUAGCUCGAUAGUUAUCUCGCCUGAACCCCGGAAUUAAUUUACAUAUACAUACUUUAUAGCCGCAAAGCCCAGAAGGCACUUUGAAAAAUGUCAAUUUGUCGUUCGGUAAACCAAAAAAUAGUAGUAAGCGGAAAAAGACAGUGACUGCACGGCUGUCAGUGAAGGUAAGCCUUGCUCGGGCGAGAUCUGACUCUUGGGCGACUGUACCGUAAAGCUUCAACUCAUUCAGAGUCUUGUCAUAGUAAAUAAACUCAUGUCACCGAGAUAACAGCAGUUGGACUUACGUUCUCUAAUGUGCUGUUCCGCUUUGCAUCAAGGUGUGUAUGUACCAAUCGGUGGCAAGCAGCUGAUAAACUUCAUGGAUGACUUCAACAUGCCUGCUAAAGACACAUUUGGCUCUCAACCACCACUGGAACUGAUCCGCUUGUGGCUGGACUAUGGCUUCUGGUAUGAUCGACAGAAACAGACAGUAAAGUACAUCAAGGUUAGUCAGAUCGCUGGCAGCCGGGACAUUGACUUUGUUUAUCCAAGUAAAUAGUACUGUCAAUGUGAGAGACUGUAAGAACAAGCUAACGGUUCCACUACCCCGAGCCAACUUCAACACUUUAGAAACAGCUUUAUUUAGAGAAGUAGUGCAGUAGAACAGUCCAGCAGUGGAGCUGUUGCAAGCAUAUACUCUCUUCCUUUAAAUCCGUAUGUAGUGCUUUCCUUUCGCAAUGAGCAACACUCCUUUGCGCAAGCCAUGUUAAUGUCAAAACGAUUGUUUUAUCUUAAAUUUGCUUUAUCGUGUUUUUUUUUUUCAUCCGUUUCCUUUUUGUUUUUUAAUAAUGUUUUCUUAACUGUUAAUUUGAGUUCAAUAUAGAACCAUAUAUGUCUUAUUUAAAUAUCAGGACAUGCAUGUAUUGGCAUCCAUGGGUCCACCUGGCGGAGGCAGGAUGGUGAUCUCCAAACGACUGCAGAGCAGGUUCAAUCUCAUCAACAUGACUUUCCCGCAAGUAAGUAGUGCUCACUAUAAAGGAUAUAUAUGCUUGAUGCAUUGCCUUCAUUGGAAUGGUCACACCCAAAGAUUUCAUUCACCUUUGUAGAGCUCAAUAAACAAUGCUUCAAGUAACGGUUAGUUAAAUAGUGUUUAUUUAUGAAAAUAGAUACCCAAAUCAUCAUCAUAGUCGAUUUGUCACAAAUUAAGACUUUUCUCUGGUUGGUCUCUCUACUGGCCUUAUCUAAAGAUUUUGGUUUUUAUUUCACAGAGGUCUUUGUACUGUAAAAUGGUUAGCAAGUAUUCCUUACAGUUAAAAAAAUGCACAGGCCUAAACACUACAGCCGCCAUACAUAGGUCAUGAUUUAACUUGAGGGACGUAACUGUAUGCGUGUGUCACAAUGAACUGAAGGCCUGUUUCUUGUCUUUGUUAAUUGUCAGGAAAGUCAGAUCAAGCGCAUAUUUGGUACAAUGAUUAAUCAGAAGUUGCAAGACUUUGAAGAAGACGUGAAGCCUCUGGGUGAUCUUAUGACGCAGGUUAAUUUUCAUGUAAUAUAUCAAACAUGAGACGCAGUGUUUCAUCACCAGAUGAAACACCGAGAAGAGAGUUGAAAAUACGACGCGCAGCGGAGUAUUUUUGACGAACUUCGAGGUGUUUCAUCUGGUGAUGAAACACUGUGUCGAAUGUUUGAUAUUUCUUCUCAAACAAAAUCAUUUUUGAAGGAGAAAUUAAGGAUGCAAAUACUGAGCAGUUUUUCAUCCGAUUUCCAAACACUCAUUGAACAUUAAUUUUCUUUGUAUUUUCUUUAUGAAUUAUUAAUGAGUUUGAGAAGUCUAUUUAACCCGAUGCCGGUCAUGAGCUGAAUGUAUGUUACAGAACAAGCCCUUCCCCUCCCCUUACCAGACACAACUGCCACUGAUCCGAAAUGUUUUCAGAAAGCCAACUUGUGUAAAGUGGCUCGUAUUCACGAUCAUACCACCUUGUUCCGUUUUGGAAACGCCCCGUAACGUUUCGGGGCAAAACCGUUUGUAAUUGGCUGUACAAUUCUAACAAUUAAAUUUCCAAUGUGAUCAAGUUGAAGAAACAUGCUGGGCUUGUUUCCGUGCUAGAAAUUUUACCCGCACCUAAAACGCUCGCCUCUGGCUAAAAUAUAGUUUUAUAGUCGUUAAGUGAGGCCGCUGUGUUAACCUUGGCAUGUAAUUUUGCAUGUUCUCUUUCAGGCAACCAUCGACAUUUACAACACGAUCAUCGCUAAAAUGCUACCGACACCAACCAAGAUCCAUUACUUGUUUAACCUCAGAGACAUUUCCAGGGUAAGUUAUUUACUAUGUGGUACUGCUGAGGAUCAGUUUCUUAGUAUCUAUUAACUUCAUAUAUGUCAGCCAUUUAGAUUUUAAGCACUAAGAAGAGGCUAAAAAAUGAAAGCCUUUUUUUUUCCGAAGCAUCGUGUGAGCUCGCCGAGCUAGUUGGGCGUAUAUGAAUUUCUAUUUUGAGGCAGGCUCUUGAAGCUGUGAUCAAUUUGCGCGACAAAUAUGGUCGUAAAAUAAAAGACAAGAUUGAAGUUGCCAAAAUCGUUAUUGCUAGCACGUUAUUGUAUGAGCCAUUAGAUAUUCUUUGUCUAAUGGUAGUAAAUUAUUUACGAAUUCUAUAUUGCAAUAGGUAUUCCAAGGUUUGCUUCGUGCCAACAAAGACUUUCAUGACACAAAGACGGCCAUCUCCAGGCUGUGGGUACAUGAGUGCUUCAGGUGAGAUCCCGGUAAUUGUGUUGACCGAGCCAAUCGUUUAAUAGCUUCAUUUGUAGCAUAAAUCGACUAUAUUGAUAGCAUCAGCGUAUAUCCAUAACAUCAUACUGUGUGGUGAUAAAUUGUGUCCGUUGUUUUGUCUUCAGAGUUUUCUCCGAUCGCCUAAUAGAUGCUAAUGACCAUGAAGCAUUCGUAGCAUUGUUGAGUGACAAGCUUGGCACCAUGUUUGAUCUCACUUUUCACAAUCUCUGCCCCAACAAACAGCCACCAAUCUUCGGUAAGUUAUUGUCAUAAGCCCGGGAGCAAAACUUUUAGUUUGGCCAAUCACAGUGGCGCAGACAACCUUGUGAGCCAGUCACAACUGAGAGUAAAUACAUGUACCUGCGCCGAAAAAAAUGCAAAACUGUUAGUUUGGCCAAUGACAGUGGUGCAGACUAUCGCGUGAACCAAUCAGAACAACAGACACUUUACUGUCUUCUUGCCCUCCCAAUGUUGGUGUGCAAGAUUUGGGGAUUUAACUGUGAUAAACAGCAUUGGAAGAAGACGGGCCAGAAGUGAAAAAACAGCGUUCGGUGGAAGUGUCCCAACUAUUUUCGUCUGAGACUGUAGGAUUCACUAACUGUAACCUGCGCCGAAAAAAAGUGCGGAAAAAAUGCGAGUAAGUUAGGAGCAUGACCUAACAUUCAACAUGUAAACAUGUUAAACGUUGUUUAACAAGAAAUGAGAUGAGCUCUUUUCCGUCCAACAAGUUACAACGAUUUCAACAACAUCGCUCGCCGUUUGUUGAGCAACAAAGAUUGAACUGUAUAUCACUGGCUUUAGACUAACAUAAUCAACAUUGACGAAUUCUGCAGGUGAUUUCAUGAAAGAUGGCGCCGUGUAUGAAGACUUGAUGGACUUCAAAGCCUUGAAGAAGUACAUGGAAGAUCAGCUGGAAGAUUACAACAUGGAGCCUGGAGUCAUUGCUAUGGAUCUUGUUCUCUUCAGAGAUGCUAUUGAGCAUGGUAUGUUAAAUCUGUUGGCGAGACUCAUCGUCGGCUAUCAUACUUACAGAUUUCUCCACGGUUCUUCACUGCUUUGUAAACAUGUACUACUAAAUAAAUUGAUCGAAAUGUUUGGUAGUUUUUGCCUCAGGUGUUUGGGGAACAUACCGCUUUCUUAACAGACUGGUCCUUAUUUUGUGCUUACUGCACAAAUGUCAACCUCUCAGCUCACGUUAAAACGUACACGUCAAGUUGUUAGCCUCUUUAAUUCCAACAGCAGUUGAGAGCACGUGUUUCCUCUCUGGUACCUCGUUAUUUUUAAAUGCCUAGCAAUAAGAAGUGAGGGUCGAUGAUUUGAAGGUGCUUUAGAAAAAUACCAUUGAUUUACAAAUUUCCAGACCUACCUUUGGUAUCAUCUAUGUUUAAGCUAAGAAAUGCGACCGUCACUCUACCUUGCCUAAGCUGUGAACAACUAAAUAAGCGAGUUAUGCUACGAAAACUGCAUUAACGCACUGACCAAAACAGAAAUAAGCUGGGUAGUUCUUGAUGUGUUUUUCUCCUUCCUUCUAGUGACUCGUAUAAUCCGUGUGAUCGGUCAGCCUCGUGGUAACAUGCUGUUGAUCGGUAUUGGUGGGAGUGGCCGCCAGAGUUUGAGUCGGUUAUCAGCCUACAUUAUUGGCUUCAAAGUGUUCCAGAUUGAGGUGACUAAGCACUACAGGAAGACUGAGUUCAGGGAAGGUUUGUACUAUUAUUCGCGGUAACUUUUGAUAGUAGAGAGUUAUAGCAACGACAACAUCAGUUGGCUUAUAAGCAAAACAGAAACUCUGCGCGUGCAUCACUUUUUUGUGCAUGAUCUUGUCGUUCAUGUCGUUCUCUUCAUGACAUUCCACGUUUAAUGGAAGACGUAGACAGACGACGAUAAAUUCUCUUUCUCUCUCUAAACUUGGCUGUGUUCCCUGAGAAUUCAACUCAGAAAAAAUCACAUACAACAAAGACCCUUCUUACUUCACCUUCGCUUGAAGAAAUCUUGAGAACGUGUCGCUUGUAUCCAGAGGACUCUCUGUCACCACGUCUUAAAUCUUUGUUUGAAUGUUAGAGAGAUUUUUGAAAGUCUUAGAGAAAAAAUAUCCGCCUUCAUGACGGCGAGAUGUCUCUCACUGUGCGCGAGUCAAGAAAGGUUUUAAAUAGAGGCCUGAAAAUUCCUAAAAUCUUCAAAUGCAUCAGCCGACUUUUACCUCGUCUCUCCAUCCAAACAAAUCGCUACUUUUUAUUCCUAUUCUGAGGAACAAUCUAAUCACACCCUCUUUCUUCGAGAUGAGUUUUACAGUUAACAAACUCUUUCAUGGAAAACUGACAAUAAUAAGCACAGCCUUUUUAUUCAAAGUGACCUUUUUUUUCUCAAAGAUUUGAAGCGUCUUUACAGUCUGGCUGGUGUGGAUAACAAGCCCACAGUGUUUCUGUUCAAUGACACUCAAGCCUUGGAUGAAUCAUUUCUUGAAGACAUCGGUAACAUCCUCAGCAGUGGAGAGGUCCCAAAUCUUUACAAACCCGAAGAAUUUGAAGAGGUAUGUGAAGAGUCAUUCCCUUUUGAGUUAUGGAGAGGGAGACUAGAUGAAACUGAAAUGAUAAUUACGCGAGUAGUAUAGGACGCAUGUUUUACUCCUUAUUUAUGCAGGUAUGUCAUUGGCGUAUUUGUUGUCGAUGGCUCCGGGUUAUUGUUUCUUAGCGGUCAUAAAUGAGGGAAAAAGGAACUAGCCCUAACACACGAGAAUGGAAUAUUGUGAACGUAUUUUAUAGACAGUAAAUGUGUCAUAAUUUGGUAAAAAUUCCGUCAAAUUCAGUCGCAAAGGAGGCGGUGCGCACUUUCUUCGUGAGGUAAAGUAGUUGCAAAUGACGGCCUAAAACGUGCACCUCACUCUCCUUACGCAAAUACUGUCGAAUAGGUCAGACUUUGCUCGAGAAUUCACAUCACGGUAUGUGAGCGAAGAUCCUUAAGGACUAGAAAAGGUAGGUACUGACCAAGACUAUUAAUUCCGACGUAGAUAAAAUCUACCAAUUUCCCCGUGUUGGAAUAGGAUGAUUAUCUUAAAGGACGCUUUUAACGUUCUCUUUUUUUGUUCUGAAUAAACAAGGUACAUGGUUUUGUUACUUUGAUAAUUCAAUCAUCUUUUGAAUGGAUUUCGAACAGUUAUUUUGUUUUUUUUUAGGUCCGCACAGCUCUUUCGGAGGAGGCUCGUAAGGAAGGUAUCUUUGAUACACCAGAGAACAUGUUCAACUUCUUUAUUGAACGAGUUAGAAGCAAUCUUCAUAUCAUCUUGUGCAUGAGUCCAGUAGGGGAUCCAUUCAGGUAAGGAAAACGUUUCUUAAACUUUCCAAAAACCAAAAAGUUAUUGCUGCGAGUAGUCAUAGCCAAGCAGAAAAUCCAACAACAAGUCGGAACUGUAGUUCGAACUAGUCGUCGAAAACCGCGUGCAGUGGUUGUUUUAGGUUUUGAAAAGUUUUUCAAAAUACUUACACUUUUGAAGGGUUCACUUAAAACCGUUUUUAGGCUGAGAUAAGUUAUUAACAAACUGUGGUAUUAGUUGUCGUAGCGUAAUUUUCCUAACCUUGUGUUUGUGCAUAAGGAACCGGAUCCGAAUGUACCCAGCGUUUGUCAACUGUACCACAAUUGACUGGUUCAGUGAGUGGCCUCAAGAUGCUCUUUUAGAGGUGGCUGAGAAAUACUUGGAGAGUAUGGACCUGAGUGAUGAGGAGGUAAGAAAUAAUGCCCCCUAUCUUACUACAACACUUUUAAAAUAGCAUUUGAUUUCAAACCCCGAUUGGCACCUGUACAAUAAAGUACAUCUCAGUAUCUGUCAUUCCAAAAUUCACUCUACAUUACUCAGGUGGAUUUUAAAUGUCAAACUCUUGUGUUCAAUAUUUUACAGACUAAGGGUAAUGUGGCCAACAUAUUUGUAAUAGUUCACAAAUCAGUGGUGGAUACGAGCAAGCGAAUGUUACUGGAAGUUAAACGUCAUAACUACGUCACUCCUACCAACUAUCUUGAGCUUGUAUCCGGUUACAAGACGUAAGUAACAAUCUCUUAACACUCUGACUAAGAAACACUGUGCACAGCGCAGAGCAUCUGGACUACUGACCAAAAGGUCAUUGGAUUGACUCAUUUUGGGAGAACUCGGUCUUUUUUCUUCCGAAUCACCAGGAUCAAAAACCUCUUUGCCACUGUGCAGAGUGUUUCUUUUUUUUCACUGUAGUUAUUUCACUUUCUUUCAUUUUCUACCAUCUCAGUUCUCUUUCGUUUUUUUUUUGUCUUUCCUUUUUGCUGACAUUGCACUUUAUCCUUGCUUUGAUUAGUUUGCUUCACGAGAAGAGAAAAGAACUGGGAGAUGCAGCAAGCAAACUGAGAAACGGCUUGGACAAAAUCGACGAUACCAGAGCUAAGGUAUAGUCAUUUGUUGUACAAUUUUAUCUUACAGAACAUGAAAUUGGAUUUAUUUUUUUAUGGGGAAACAUUGUCAAAUAUUUCAGUAUGGAAAAAUAAGAGAACAAAAAGUGUGCAGCUACAAAACAGCGUAAUGUAUUGGAAUUUACACCUAAUAAGAUUGAUAUCUUUUCUGAGUAAGUUUUGUUGCGGGGAAUCAAGGUAAAUAGUGCUGCUCGUCUAUUCUUGGUUUGCAGCCACGUGACAAGGCGGCUAUCUUGGUGGUCAAUACAAUAGAAUAUUUUCUCAAAGAAUUUACAUGAAAAUGGAGUUUAGUUCCCAGAGGAGAGAAACGCUUUUGUUCUUGACCACCACCAUGUCCGCCAUGACGUUACGUGCAAACCAGCAAGUGAUUCUGGGAAUUGAUAGCCUGAGUAUCAGGCCUUCCUUAGGGGUGAGGGGAGAGGAGAUUCUAGGGAGGGGAGGCAGGAAGAGAGAAAGCUGUCCCCUCUUUUUGCUCACCUCCUUUGCCCCCUGAAAAGCUGGAUACAGCUCAAGCUAGAGAACUACAUAUUUAUUUGUCUUCAGGUGGAGUCCAUGUCAAUUGAGUUGGAGGACGCAAAGACAAAGGUAGCACAGUUUCAAAAGCAAUGUGAAGAAUAUCUUGUCGUGAUUGUACAACAGAAAAGAGACGCUGAUGAGCAGCAAAAGGUAGAAAUUCUGUUUUACUCUAUAACUUCACUCCUCAGGUUAAUUAUUGGGCUGUCUGUGGCGUCGAAAAAAGACAAAAUGGCUGACAGAUCACCCAGAAGGCAUUGCAUUAAUUUUCCAACCCCUCAUUUGACUUUUCUUCGGAGAGAAUGACUCAUUUCCAGAGGGAAAAAUUCUGGAAAACAAAUUCGUUUGAGGCCAAAGGGAAUUUUUUUGGGGUAUUGAUUUUUGCGUCCUUUUGAUCAUCCUCGUCACUCUAACUCUAGAGUGCUCCCCCCUCCCUUGGGAUAUCUAUCUUGAUCUCCGAAUGCUGUCACCUCUAUCUCUAUCUUUCUGUUUCUCCGGAUAGGAGUAGUUAGUACUAGCCAUACACUCAGAAUAGAAAAUAUUAGACCACUGCAGCCCAAUGUCGCCAGCAGCAGUGAAAGCAAUUUUUGUCCUGGCACCUUAACACAAGCCUUUUGUCUCUUGUACUCUGUAGAUUGUGCAAGCCAGGAGUGAGAAAAUCGCCGAAGAAGAAGACAAAUGUCGAGUAAUGGCAGAAAAUGCUCAACAUGACCUGGAUGAGGCUUUACCGGCCCUUGCUGAAGCCACUAAAGCUUUGGAAUCACUGAACAAGAAAGACAUGACAGAGAUCAAAUCGUACGCUAAGCCGCCAGCUUUGGUUGAAAAAGUCAUGGAGGCUGUUAUGAUACUCAGAGGAGGGGAGCCAACCUGGGCCGAGGCCAAGAGACAGUUGGGUGAGUGCAUACUUGACGAUACCAUGGUAUACACUCCUUUUUUAUUUCUAUAUAACAGCCUCUCUAUUUUUUGAGUUGAGCCUGCACCGUUCUUAUUUUUUGGGCUGUUUCCGCCUGGAAAUGUUCUUACGGAUGUUCUUAAAUUUCAAUGACGGAAAUCCGGCAACUUCUGAGCUACAUAUAGAUCUGAAGACAGGGAGCUCGUUGUAGUUUUGAAUAUAUCGCAUUUAUACACUUAGUCUUAAACGUGGCAUCGCUCCAUGCAUCAUACUGUACAUGAGACUUCACAAAGUUCAAGCACAUCCUCGAUACUUCUAAAGCCUCUAUCUCACGCCAACCCGCCAACCUACCCUUGCCCUUUUUGGGAAUGUGUUGAAACAGCAAAAUUUUACUUGCACUCUGAUCUCAUGUAGGACAUUUUUUGUAAUUCAGAUUUUCUAGAUUUAGGAAAAUAAAAGCCGUGAAAAAUAAAUUGUUCUUCUCUGAGCCUCGAGUAGGUUCUCAGCAUGUUCUUAAUAUUUUGGCAAAUUUCAGGCUGAACGUUCUUAUAGAAAAGGUUUUUAUAAAAAAGACUGUAUCGUCCGUUUAGCUUCGUGAUUCUUAUAUACAUUGAUCGUACAUCUCGGAAAAUUUAUCCGCACCAUUUGUCGUCAGAAAAAUUAUGCCUAUCAAACAAAUUUGGGAACGCAUUGUGAAAUCCGAAAGAUUUUAAUAAAGAAAUUACAUUUUUCCCUUCUUCCUUAACAAAGAAGCCAUCCUGACCUAUUUUCUCUAAAUAGCUUUGAAAAGCUAUUUGAAAGCUUCAGUUUUACUGUAAGUUACCUCAGCUUGGUUUUUGGAAAUUCGUAGAUAGAAUUUCUAAUCAAUCACGGAUUUUCAUAGCACGACGUUUGUAAGCAACCCUUGUCAUAUAACAACAACAACAACAACAUCUUUAUUUCUUACAUUAAAUAUACAAAUAUCACACCACCUGCAAAUAGCAAGGCUAAACGAGGCAGGUGGUGUGUAGACGGCUUAAGAUUUAUUACGAAUAGUUAAAGUGAAAAAGUACCAUAUUUAUAAUAAAAAAGGUCAGUCACGAGAGAAAUUGAGAUAAGAAAAUCGAGGCAGCUAUUUAGAUAAGCGGGGGCUAAUAUUUUUUUAAAAUCGGAGAUUAUCGUGUUUAGGUCAGCAUAUCUAUCCUGAACUUCAAAUAUUUUCAACAGAAUUGUAUGAACUUUUUCCUUAAAGAGAGAUUUUGAAGAAUUUCGUAAAUUUUCAGGUAUGGAGAUGGAGCAAAUUAGAUUCAUGACUAUUUGUUCUUUUGGUUAUUUACCAGGCGAUCAAAAUUUCAUCAAGCAGCUAGUUAACUACGACAAAGACAACAUGACUGAUCGAAUUCUGAAGAAAAUUGGCACGUAUUGCUCUCAAGCUGACUUCCAGCCUGAGAUCAUUGGCCGCGUGUCACUUGCUGCUAAGUCACUGUGUAUGUGGGUCAGGGCAAUGGAAGUGUAUGGACGAAUAUACAGAGUAGUGGAACCCAAGAAACAGAGACUGGCACAAGCCACAUCACAGCUUCAAGAGAAACAGGCUGUUCUUGCAGAAGCCAAGGCAAAGCUUAAGGAGGUAGGAAAAGCUGUGUAGUCUGAAGAGAACCUUUUGGGUUAGAGGAAUAUGUCGGGUAGCCACGUCCAUCCCCCUAUCUGUUUGGUUUUCUGUAGCUUUACCGUGCAAUUUAGUUGAUGUAUGUAAGGGUCACUGCUGGCAGUGCUUAUGAUUCCUUUAGUCUACUCUGCAGGGUACAGUCGUGUGGUGUUCAUCCCCUUCCCCUCCCCUCUCUGUGGUAUCGGCCAUGGUGAAUGAAAUCAAAGAAUCCUUAUUAGUGAAUUUUUGUUGUAUCUACGUCCACCACAUAAGGGUGCUGCUAUUCGUUUGGACAAAUUACUUCAUAAAUUUCCAAGUAAAGACCCUAUUAGUCUCUAAAGUCCAGUGGUUUGCCAAACCCUCAAAGAGAAGCGAGAAAGCAAAUUAAAAUGCUGAUUGAUGAUUGUUAAUUUGUAGGUAACGGAUCGAAUGGAGGAGCUAAAGAGGCAGUAUGAUGAAAAAUCUGCUCAGAAGGAAGAGUUGCGAAAAAAGGCUGAAAUUACUGAGCUGAAGCUUGAAAGAGCUGGUAAAUUAGUGUCUGGUUUGGCAGGGGAAAGAGACCGUUGGGAAGCUAGUGUCACGGUAAGCCACGCCGGACCCUUCAUCUUACUUGCACCUGUAUGUACACAUAGCUAUUCUUUUUAAAUCUCUCUCAAAAUCCAGGGCUUCUGCAAAUGUAAGUGGAGUAAAAUAAAAACUGUUUGUCAAACAUUGCUCUACUGGUUCAGCGAAUAUGCCAACUAACACAUAACGUAUCAUUACUUGUAUUAUUAGAGAGAUUAAGAAUCGCGUUUGCGGCAAACGGCAAACGUGAAUUUGUACCACGUGACCAAGUUUUCCCUUUACUUGUCGUUUACUGUUCAUCAUAACUACAAGAAAAUCGAUAGAUUGACGCCAAUUCUAUCCAUAAGAAUCGUUUUAAGCCGUUUUCGUCUGCUCAUUUCUCAUUUUGAAAAUUUCUCAACUUGAAUCUCACGUUUCCGUUUGGCGUUAAUCUCUCUAUUAUAUUUGAUGAAACGAAAUUUGCCGUACUUUGAAUUUGAACUUCUUCAAGAAUGUCAUAAUCCUCAGGCCCGGGUUGUUCGAAAGAUGGAUAGCUCUAUCCAGCGGAAAAAUCCCUAUCCGGCGGAUAAGUAUUUGGGAAACGAAUUGUGCUAUCCAGUGGAUAGAGAUUUAUCCGGUGGAUAGCGCUAUCCACCUUUUGAACAACGGGGGCCAGGUCCUCAGUGAGUCCAUUCCACCUAGUUGGUGAUGCAUAUCUAAAUGAAUAUAAACUAUCAGUGGUUGUCUUAACACAGAGAACAAUAAGUUUGUUUGAUCCCCGCAGAUCAUUAGAAGUAUAGAAGUAUCAAUAUUUAAGAAGAAUUACCCCUUAAAAAAAAGCGUGAAAUAUAGAUCGUGUCAUUUGAAAGUUUUGCUGAAGAGGUUUCAUUCAAAUGGCCACCUUGCAGGAAGUUGUUGGAUAAGAAAACCCUCGUUUCUCCUUUACAAACAAACAGAUUUUCACCUUUAAUUUCAGAUUUUGGAGGAAAACAUCGGCUAUUUAGUGGGAGAUUGUCUGAUUGCUGCUGCGUUUUUAUCUUAUGCUGGACCGUUCCUGUCUAAUUACAGAGACGAACUCGUCGAGAAAACGUGGCUGGCACAGGUAAGAGACAAAACUGUCACUGGUGUAUUAAUAACAUAAUAAGAGGGACUAUUCGACUUCUGUCGAACUCGUUUUUUUCCCCUACUUUAUUAUUAGCGAAAGAAAAGGAGGAACUAUUCGACUUCUGUUGAACUCAUAUUUUUUUCCCGAGUCGCAUGAGCCACUGACUGAAGAAACAUCACUGUCAUAUAUUCAUCAGGCUUAAAAUUCUUCAUCACAUUUGAAUCAUACGCACAUUUCACCUGUCGUCUCUUCAAUCCUAGCAGUAUGCAGCAUGUUUGUCACACAUAAACCUCGUUUAAUGGCCUCGGCUUCCACCAACCACCUGUAACCGAGUGGUACAGCAUCUGGUUAUAGGUUUGUCCCUUGCUGUGAGAACUCUGAUUUUCUUCCCGAGUUGCCUGUCAGUAAAAUGAAGAGAUAUCUUCCUUAACUGUUUUUAUUCAUUCUUUUUUCGUGAGAUUCAAAUCCUGAUUAAUCCUCUCAUCUCUCAUCGUCGUCGUCAUCAUCAUCAUCAUCAUCAUCAUCAUCAUCAUCAUCGUCAUCAUUUUUUUUAAAACAUGAAACAGUAAGGAAGUAGUUGGUACGGCGUAAUUUAGUCAUUGUCACCUGUUUGUCUUAUAGGUUCGUCAGUUGAAUGUUGCAUGCAAUCCAAACUUCUCAUUUUCCAACUUUCUGGCAAAACCGACCACCGUCAGGGAAUGGAAUAUCCAGGUUUGUGUGUUUCUAGAUAGUUUGCUUUGUCUUUGCCGCGGCAAACUCCGGAUAAAAGAAACAUGAUAGGAGCUGACGCAGCGCUCCAAAGCUUAAUUUCCUUACUGGGUAAAUAUAUACCUUUUUGUGUAAUUGUUACAUCAUUUAUUUUCCAACAGGGGUUACCGUCGGAUUCGUUUUCAACAGAGAACGGUGUUAUGGUGAAACGAGGAAACAGGUACUAAAUUACUUCUUUUAAAAUAAUAUACAGGACAGGAGACUAUAAGGCUCUCGCAAGAGCUACCGAUAUGUACUGCGAGCCUUCGGGUCGCGGAGGCUCUUCAUUCAACUCUCUUUCAGGCGUGAAUACAGAGAAAAAGAUACUAACAGUUCUCUCCAUACUGUUUCAAUAGCUCUCAAAGUUUUGCUGAUGUUGAAGUCAAGUUGCCUUCCGCUUACAGCAAGGAGGUUUUGCUGUGGCUGUAAUUACGAUUGCUUGAGAAAUUUGCCUGUUUUCUGAAUCAAUUAGGAAUGGAGAGCUAAAGCAAGUGCAAAAUAUUGAACUGAUAAUAAAGCCCUCCAUCAAUAUUCAAUGAAUAUGAACUUAAGGGUAAUUGUGAUUUCUUUGUAGAUGGCCACUCAUGGUCGAUCCACAAGGACAAGCUAUCAAAUGGAUCAAGAACAUGGAAAAUAAGAAGGUCAGUACAAGAUCUUGUUCACUCCCACGAGCAUUUCUUAUUUGAUAAAGAGACAUCAUAUAUAUUUUUUAAUAUUUUAAUUUUUUGUCCUUUUAGGGUCUGAAGAUAAUUGAUUUGCAGCAAUCGGACUAUCUCAGGACAUUGGAAAACUCCAUUCAGUUUGGUAAUCCAGUUUUACUGCAAAAUGUGCAAGUAAGUUCAACUGUGCUAGUUUUACAGUCGUGGAGUAGAGUACAUGGCUUACAAGUUAUGGCCUGUUCGCACCUCUACCCCUUCCCUCCCUCUCCUCGCCUUUUUCUGUUUUGAAGUAUUAUGGGCUGGUGAAGAUGCUAUAUGUUAUCUAGGUUCCCGGCUCAGUUAUUGGUAGUAUAAGACUAACGAGUUAACUCUAGUUAUAGGGCAUACUAAAUAGUCUGCGAGCUUAGUACCCAAUUCAAACAUUUGUUAUCAGUUGGUUAGUUUGGUUACUACUUUUUACUUUGAGGAUUGUAGAGCAGACCUUAUAUCUGCACUUGUUUUUAUUUGUAUAUCACAGGAAGAAUUAGACCCAUCUUUAGCCCCUAUCCUGAACAAGUCAAUCAUCAAAUCAGGUGUGUAGUCUCUGAUCAUACCACUGACUUUAUUGGAUUAAAUACCAAUGCUUCUAGUCGUAGACGAAAGUGUUCAAUCACGAAACAGACGUUACUGUGUCCCCGACAGAAUCGAACUCAACAGUAGUACGCCAUAUAGGAGACAUCACUGUUUUUGUUAUUCAAAUUUGUAGUGAGUGAAACAAAUGAAUUUUUUAAUUCGAAAACCAAUGCGCUUCUGGUUGGCACACUGAUAUCAAAAUGUGACGUCAGCUUGAGCUUCGAUUGCUUUCACGUGACUCUUCUUUGUAUUGCUUGAAAGAGCGAUACCCAAAGCAACUUAGAACUUAGAACUUAGAAUAAAUACUCCCAAAAAAAGAUAGAGAUUCCUCUACUUCUGUUAUGAAAACAAAAGCCAUAUCUAUUGGCAAAUAUUCCUGUUCAUUGAUGAAAUAUAUAGAUGUAGAUGAAAUACUUGGAUUUUUUACGCUCAAACUCGUCAGUGUGGUAUCAGAUAUACGAACUGUUUUUAUGUUUUACAUUGUUUUGUCUGUAGGUGGUCGUUUGUUGAUUCGCCUUGGUGACAAGGAGGUAGAGUACAGCCCUGAAUUCCGUUUCUACAUAACAACGAAACUCAGUAAUCCUCACUACACUCCAGAAAUCUCUACUAAGACCACUAUUGUCAACUUCGCGGUCAAAGAGCAAGGUACGUAGAAGAAUAUCAUUUACCAAACUAUCAGUUUCGUUGCUUUAUCAUCACCGCAGGUAAAAUUACGGUCGUAUUCGUGCAACGGUAGCCUACGCACGCUAAAUAUGACCCUCUUUCAGUAACAAACAAACUACAGAAUGAUGACUAGUUCCUUUAGUGACGGGAUGUCGAACACAGAAAGUACCACGCUUUUCUUAGUAGUUUGCAAGGCGGGAAACACUGUGGCGAAGAGAAAUGCAACAAAAAGACAGAAAUGUUGAUUGGGCCCGGAACCGAACACCUUCAGAUCACUCCAAAAGAUAAGCAGUUUUUUUUGGUCUUAAUAUUAGUACAGUUUGAUAAAUGUUUGUGCUUGUUCACACUGCUCCAGGUCUUGAAGCACAGUUACUUGGUAUCGUGGUCCGUAAAGAAAGACCGGACCUUGAAGAACAAAAAGAUACGCUUGUCAUCAACAUUGCUGCAAAUAAAAAGAAACUAGAGGAGUUAGAAGACGAGAUAUUAAGGUAAACAUCCUCUUUACUCAUUAAUUUUGAAUUUCCUUUUCAAUAACAAUGUGAGCGGUUUAAGCAAGUCUGCGGAAAACUUGAACUAAUCAAUGCCACAUGCCGAGUUUUUCUACUCAAGUCUUUGGCCAUGUUAAAGUGGCGUUUGAGGCUGGGUUACUGUUGUGUUGAUUUUAGCAUGGGACUACAGGUAAAAAUUCAAUAACCAUACUCGUAAUAGCGAAUAAAGGAAGUACCGCGGGCGUCCAUAAAACAGUCGCACCCACUCUCCCACGCGAUCUCAAAUGACCAAUAUCGAUGCUUUCUUGGCUCGAUUUGAAUUUGUUUGCCUGCGCCUUUAUUGUUUUUGCUUUUUCCACGAGUAAACUCUGGUUUUUACUUUCUCGCUCUGCACGGACGUUGGGGUAUUUCUGCCCUUCAUAUAUGAUUGCUUGUUCCUGUAAAAUAUCUUUUAAAUGCUGCUUGAACUGAGUUAGUUGUUUUAUGAACCAGAUUACUGCAGACAGCUCAAGGCUCCUUGUUGGAUGAUGAGCAACUUGUGAACACGUUGAAUUCAUCAAAAACCACUUCACAAGAUGUAGCUGAGCAGCUGCAGGUCAGCGAACAAACCGAGAUCAAAAUUGAUGCAGCCAGAGAGGUAAUUGCUUUUCCUUUUAAUGAAGACCUCCAAUCUUUGUUUUAUUCUAAACUCCAAACGUCUUGUUCAUUGGUACUGUAAUGUUCUAGAUAUCCUGUCCCUACGACUGUGGUGCUACGAGCUAGUUCCUCCCUCGCGCGCCCUCCGCGUUUCAACGCCGUGCGCGCAAGCUAGUGAGGCACAAGAAUUGGAUUUAUCUACUGAGUUAAGUUAACUGAGACCCUGUGGAGACAUUCAAGAGCUGGCGUUUGAGCGCUAGUCCCUCUUCAGAGCUGAACGCUGCUUGUGUCCCAGACGCGACCAUUUGAAUAUUUUUGCAAAAGCAGAUUUAUUGGUGACACUGAUGUCCGGUGUCAAUAUAUGUUGAUCGUAUGUUUGUUUUCUAACCAUAUUCCUCCAUUUCUUGUUGCUAGGGUUACCGGCCAUGCGCACAACGCGCUUCUAUCCUUUUCUUCGUUCUAAAUGAUAUGGGUAAGAUCGAUCCUAUGUACCAGUUCUCUCUAGACUCCUACAUCGAUCUGUUUAACAACUCCAUUGACAAGAGCCAGCGGAGUCCCAACCUCGAGAUUCGAAUUCAGAAUCUGAAUGAUUUCCACACUUAUGCAGUGUACAAGUGAGUGUAAUAAGGUCAUUCUUAAAACAGCUUUAGUCUGAAAAGGUCGCUAAUGAACUUGUUCAAACUCAGCUACGUAGUUCCAAGAGGUCUGAUUGAAGGACAGAAAAAUAAUUAACAAUUAUUCCUCGAGCCCGAACUGUGAGCUCUGUGGGUUAUUGACUCAGAGGCCAUGAGGGCGAGAGGAACAAUUGUUUUAGUAAAAUCCAACUAGUUGGUAAAAAAUAUAGAGACAAAACAACUUUAGCUAGUUAAAGCUAGACUUUCAUCCUUUCUGCAGCAAAAAAGCCGGCGCUUUUCGCUACUAGUGGGCUACAACAUAUAGCCUAGUAGAAGCUCAACCAAUCAGAAAGCAGCAUUGAUAAUAGACCACUUGUUGGAUUUCACUAGAAUCCAUUAUACUAAUAAGCGCUAAUGAAUCUCUUAGAUGAAAAGAGGUUUUGUUGCAAAGACAAAAAAUAUUUAUUUAUUUAUAUAAUAAUCACAAUCUGUUCUCAUCACUUCGGUUGAAUUGGGUGUAUUCCGUAGUUACAGUCCUUUUACGGAUUGAUUUAAAUUGUUUAAUUCUUGUUCAGGUUUACAUGCCGUGGUCUCUUUGAACGCCACAAGCUGCUGUUCUCUUUCCAAAUGUGCUCUAAAAUACUGGAAGCUGCAGGAAAGCUCAAUAUGGACGAAUACAAUUUCUUCCUUCGAGGAGGAGUGGUAAGUGGAACACCAGAGCAGUUUAGUGCACCCGCUAGCCGGCUUUGAUUCAUUGCAAGAAAUGUUUAGUUAUUUUUUCUCGUUUGUUGUCUCGUUAGUUUAACGUAGGCUUUUCUUAGCUUGGGACCAGGCUCCGCAGUGAGGAAAAUAGGCUAAAAAAAAAGGUGAGGGCGAGAAAAAACGGCGAGCGAAGCGAGCUUAGCGGUCUCUGAUUUUUUGUUCUGUUUUUUUUUUUCCCGUUUCACUCCGUUUUUUUUUGUCUUCCCCUCUGCGGAGCCGCGGAGCCUGGUCCCAGGCUAUCUUUUCUUUGAUCUGUUACUAGAAUUAAUAAAAGAGCGAACACAAUAUCUAGAGUUGUGUAGAGUAACUAUAGCAAUGAUUUUGGUAUAGUUUUUUACGUUGAGUCCUGAAGUCAUUUUGAUAUAGUCAUACACCAAGAAUGUAUUUAAUAUGCAGCCAAUACAGUUAAUCAUGAAGACUGUUUAUUUUGUAGGUAUUGGACAGGGAAGGUCAGAUGGAUAACCCCUGUACUCAAUGGCUGAAUGAAAGUUCCUGGGAUAACGUCACGGAGCUUGAUAAGUAAGUUCUUUGACACAGCGUAGCACCGUCAUGCGCAAAAUGCGAAAAGUGAGUGAGGUAUCAUCCAUCAUUCACCUAAGAUGUGAUGCCCACUAGCUUUGAUUUGAAACUUCGCACCAGGAUCUCAUCAAGGACCAUGGGGAGGGGGGUGGGGGGUGGGGUGCAAGCGUGGCGUACUGGUGAGAGCACUCAGCCGAUGCCAGCGCCGCCAUAUGUGCAGGGUUCAGUUUGGUGUUGGUUCCUUGCUCCCAGAGGUUUUUCCGCGGCUACUGCGGUUUGGUUUUCUCCUCUCCUAAGAAACCAACAUUUCCAACUUGCAAUUCGAUGUGACAUGAUAUAUGAAAUUGAUGAUUCAGAAGACCGUAAAUUCAAAAUUGCAUUAUGUAAUGAUUUACCACCACUGAAAUUGAUUGACUUAAUCAUUGCAUUGCAUUAGCAUUCUUUAACCUGUUUUUUCCAAUAGUGUAACUACAUAAUUAUAGUCAUGCAAAUUGUUUUUUAACUGUCUGUUGUUCUUUAUGUUUUUUAGAGGGUGUUUGCUUUUUAACUGUCUGUUGUGAGAGACGUUACUGUACACAAGUCAUGUUCUUUGAUCAUUUUUGCCUUUGUUGUAUUGUUAGGCUGCCAAAUUUCCAUGGAAUUGUUACAUCAUUUGAGCAGUAUCCUAGAGACUGGAACCUUUGGUACACAAGCUCUGAACCGGAAAACACACCACUGCCGGGUAACCAAGAACUGUUUAUCCGUUAAUCACUUUCUUCUUGUCGGUUUUUCUGCAUAUGUGAACGGCAGAUUCAAUGGAUCUGGGUCUGGAUCUUUAUUAGACCCGAAACUGAGUUGAAAAACAGUGCAGUUUAGGGCCUUAUUUGGCUGUCCUAACAUCGGGCAAAUUGCUCAAUUGUAAAAGAAGUUAUAGUGGACAUGCACCCAGGCCCAAAUCGGCGCUUUAGGACUGAAAAAGAUCCUUUGAGUUUACAGCCAAUCAGAAUGAGCAGAAUGACGAUCGCUACUUUUCAGUGAUUUGCUAUAUUUUUUAGUUCUGAAACUUAGACAAACGUUGUGGAAUUUGCUGUACUUUUAGGAUCUCACCCUUUUCAUGUUCUCUGUCUAUCUAUUUCUUCUACAGGGGAAUGGGAGAACGCGUGCAAUGAGCUGCAACGGAUGUUAGUUGUUCGAUCACUCCGUCCUGAUCGAGUGUCUUUUACUGCUACAUCCUUUAUUGUUAACAACCUUGGCUCCAAGUAAGUCAUCUGAUCACCCGGUAUUUUAUGUCUCAGAAUAAGAUUUCUAAAAACCUCGCGAUGCGUCACUGAGUAAGUUCAGAAAUUAUGAAAAUGCCUGGUGGCUUGUAGAGGCUGAGAAUUUGUUUCGGGAUAUUUUGGGACCAGUGUUUUGUUUAAGACAGUUUCUUUCUACGUCUGUCGACCUGAAUGAACCUUUCCAUUUCCAAGAACUUGUUGAAGUCCUUUUUUCUAAAUGACUUAUUUUGAACUGGAAAAAAAAGAUAUUUAUGUGCCUUUCGAGGAGUAGUUGAAUCACAAAAUCUUAUUUUUCAAAUUCAGAUUUGUAGAGCCUCCCGUGUUGGACAUGGCAGCGGUAGUGGAAGAUUCCUCAACUCGUACUCCACUAAUUUUUGUGCUUUCUCCUGGAGUGGUAGGUUCUUAUACAAAAACAAACAAAUUUCGCACACAUAAACUACUUCGCUUUGACGCCCUUUCUAGCUUGUCAACAGUCCUUUCGUUUUGUCGCUUUAUUUUGCCCCAUCCCUACAUAAAAGGUCUGUUGUCAACUUCGCUUUAUCGUGUAACGACGAUACGCCAUGUAAGCUGAUUCGUUGAAACUUUCCCAGAUCGAUUGAUACCUUAAAACUGACAUUUGUGAUGUGACGAAACACCUUCUUCCUGGUAAACUUUGUGAGCGAAGACAAUGAUUAUAUUGCACAGAAUCCGUUCUAGAUAUGAGAAUACAAAUGCCAUUAAUUGAUUAUGUGAGUUCUCAUGUGUUUCUCACUUUGUUGUCUUCACGUCUGCUUGUCAGUCUGUUUACUGGUUUUGUUUGUUGCUGUCCAUGCUGAAUGUUGUUCAAAUGGGGUGACAGAAAAGGAAAGAUUUGUCCGAUGCUAAGCUGUGAUGUUCAAUAUCGUACUUGCAGGAUCCGACCAGUGCAUUGUUACAGCUUGCUGAGAACUCUGGGAUGUCCAAUCGUUUCCAUGCUCUCUCAUUGGGUCAAGGCCAGGCACCCAUAGCAACGCGCAUGAUCAAAGAGGGAGUGAAAGAUGUAAGUUAAUGAUACGUAGAACAUGAAAUGAAGAUUCUUUCAAAGGCAAUAAAAGGUUGCAGUUGAAAAACACUUCUUCCUCGCAUAGGUUUGCAAUGGACUAGCGUCCGACAGUCUGUUCUUAUCAGCAAAGGAUGAAAUACAGAAGAUUUAAGAGACACCAAACAUAGUAGCCUGCGAGAACGCUCACUUAUGCAAGUUGACGUGAUGGCGGCUUUACCGCCAAAAUUUUCCCCGAACUCGCACAAGUGAGUCCGCCCGCAGGAUACAAAUAUAGCCACACUAUAGAACAUAACUAAUGGUAGCUUCUACAACAUUCAUGAAGAAACCCACCGCAUCCAUGUUGGCUGGGAAGGGUAAAAAGUUGUUACAACUCUUCAUUUAUAUAAACGGGCCCCUACAGGGAGUCACCAAUCAUAGCACAGGAUUUUAAGUUACGUGACUGAAAUAAACCAAUCAGCUUGAGAAUUUAUUAUUGCUUGUUUUCAGGGUAACUGGGUGUUCUUAGCCAACUGUCACUUGUCGCUGAGCUGGAUGCCGCAGCUGGACAAACUUGUUGAACAGCUGCAGGUUGAGGAGCCCCACCCUGACUUCAGACUUUGGCUCAGUAGCAGCCCGCACCCGGAAUUCCCAAUCUCCAUCCUACAAGUCGGCAUCAAGAUGACAACAGAACCUCCUAAGGUCGGUACUACCUGGUAAACACUCGGAUUAGUCUCCACAGCCAAUAACAUCGCGCUAAACUGUCAGACAACCAAUAACAUCACGGCUCAACUGUCUAUAACCCAAGUUAAAUACAAUCAAAUGACGAUGUAUAUUUCACUUUGUAUCUUACACUCUAUAAUGAUGAUUUGCCGCACGGGGUGUCGAAACAUCAGUCUCUGUCACCAAAACUCCUUUUCAGACGUUCACCCGAGAUAAAACGCUCAUUUGCGGUCAAUCUUAUGUGGUGACGUCCGAUCCCAUCUCUCUGGAUCUUUCAUAAUUUAGAAGCGUACUAUAUUGCAAUGUAGAGUUUGUUUGAACGGUGGGAAUACGUAAUGAUCACUAUUAUAUGACGUUACCUUAUGAAGAUUUAUCUCUCUAUCUUUCUUCAGGGCCUGAAAGCAAACAUGAAGCGUCUGUACCAACUGAUCACAGAGCAGCAGUUCAGUCGCUGUCAUAGACAGGAGAAGUACAAAAAGCUUCUCUUCUCGUUGUGUUUUUUUCACAGUGUGUUGCUGGAGAGAAGGAAGUUUCUUAUGCUGGGUUGGAAUAUUCAGUAUGGAUUUAACGAUUCUGAUUUUGAAGUGUCUGAAAACUUGUUGAGUAUUUACUUAGACGAGUAUGAAGAGACGCCUUGGGACGCUUUGAAGUAUUUGGUAAGAUGGCGGGCUUCUUGCUGUAUGAAUUUGGUAACUUGAAGAACAGAGUGUCUUUGUUGAGUCAGGUUACCUAUCCAGUUGUAAAAUCGAAUCCCACUGAACUGAGACAGUUGUAUGAGCAGUUUAAAAACGUGAAGCAACUGUAGUAAGUUAUGCCAAAUGCUAGAAAUUUGGUUGCGGAAUGGAUCUGAUGUGCAGAUGGAUGCCUUCCAGUUGCGAUGAGUUUGAAUUAAGUCAGAUAAUAACCGCUAACACACUCAACUGACUUGCCACGGCAUAAAAUUCAACAAGCCGGUGAGAUCAGUUUAGUGUAUCAAAAAUAGGUACAACUUGAAUUUGUUUUCUUGUCAUUUGAUGUACAAGUUGUUGUCUUUUUACAUAAUGCAUAUUUAAAGUUCAAAACCAACUUGCAAACUUAAAGUUACAACUGUUCCUGAGAGACUCUGACACGGAACUUGUUUUCCUCUUUCAAUUUUUUAGGUGGCAGGUGUGAAUUAUGGUGGUCACGUGACGGAUGAUUUUGAUAGACGCCUACUUCAUUCAUACAUCAAUGAACUGUUCUGUGAUGUCGCCAUCCAAACACCCUACUACAAGUAAGUCGCUGCCAGGUUCAAACAACUCACUGGUUAUCCAAAACACUUCUGUUAUUUCUUUCCUAAAAAGCUUUUUUUCCUUUUAGAAUGUCUUCUCUGCCAACCUAUUACAUACCAAAGGAUGGGCCUCUGUCAACAUACAGGGUAAGAUAUCUGGACGCCGGCUAAUUAUUGACCUGCCUUGUCUUUUUGUUUUGCAAAGGUUUGGGUUCGGGUUGGGGUUAGGAAUUUGCUUCAGUUGGACCUUCAGACAAUAUUGAUGCUGUUUCCAUGUAGCCUGGAUUUUUUCCCGGGGGGAGGGGGGACUCCGCAUAUGAAAGGGGUGGGGAUGCUCGUCGUCUCGCGUAGGGGUGUAAAUUUCGGAUUUUGGUCUCACUUAGGGUGUUCUGGGCGAAACGCCAUCAUAUUUAGCCGUGAAGGUCUCGUUUAGGGUUGCACGCGAAAAAAGGUAAAAAUAUAUAUUUGAUAUCUAUAUUUUUAAUUCGUUUUAUUUACUCCAUUCAUAUAAUUCAAGUGUCUGUGUUUUAACAUGGUCUCUUUUAGGGGUCAUAAAAAGCUUGGGCCACGCCCAGAUCGGUCUCCUUUAGGGGUUUAAUUCAAAAUUUCCGACGAGCAUCCCCACCCCUUUCAUAUGCGGAGUCCCCCCCCGGGAUUUUUUCCUGUUUGCCGUUUUUCAGUAAGAUCAUCUUGUUACCGCACUGAGUUACUUAGUGAGUUGGAAUGUGAAGUACAGUAUGUUGGAAUUAAGAUACGGCUAGCUUGGACUUUGUAACGUUUACUCUUAAUUAACUUGGAUUUCAAGUAAUUUUGUGUAACUUAAAAAAUACCGACCUUGAUCAUAAUUUUGUUAACAGGAGUACAUUAGCAUGUUGCCCAAUGUGGAUCAUCCAGAGGCAUUUGGUCAGCAUCCCAAUGCAGACAUUGCCAGUCAGAUCAUUGAAACAAGGUCAGGUUCAGUAUACUCUUACUUGUUACAGUAGUCUUUUUGUCUCUUCCCCUCCAUUGUUGAGGAGAAGCGUUGCGUGACGAGACAAAAAAGGCAGCGAGGGAGACAAUUGUUACAAUGGCUUACUUCAAAACUAAAAGAUAGCCUGCAGAACAGGUGCUAUUUUUUCGCGUUUUUCAGGCGAGUCAGCGAAGCGGACGUGGAGCUUAAGAUACGCGCAACAGGGAAUGUGCGUCUGCUUCGUGCUCUCCUGAAAAACGCAAAAAAGCGCCUGUUCUACAGGCUACCUAAAAAUGAAUUAGAGAACUACAUUAAAGGAUAUUAGUACUCACUUUAGUGGUUAUCCACAAACAAAACUUAGAGCCAUAUUAGCAGGCUAUUGCUACUACUCAGUGCCCAAAAAAUACUAGAAUUCCAGCUUGUCCUUUGGGCAAGCGGCGCUCACAUUUUGCUUGCCCAGGACAACUUCUUGCUUACAUGUACAUCUUAGUUAAUGAUUUUGCUACAGGGUGACUUGCCUGGGUCCUUGCCCAUUGGGCAAGUAUUCUUUUAAAGUUACUUGCCCAGCAAGAAAAUCUACUUGUCCCGGCGGGACCUCUGGACAGCACUUUUUACGGGCCCUGCUACUACUCGAGAACUCACAUAUGUCACAUUCAUCAUUUUGUACAGAAAUCUGUUCGGUACGCUGCUGUCGCUUCAACCUCAGAUCCCAUCAGCUGGACAUGGCGAGAGCAGAGAGGAAAAAGUGAGUAAGGUUUGUACCACUGUGUUUCUCAAUAACGCCACAAUCUAAGCAACUUUGUUUCCUGUCAGGUCCUGGAACUUGCAGCUGAUGUCCUAAAGAGAGUUCCUGAAGAAAUCGAUUAUGAACAGACAGCAAAGAUCAUGUCGGAUGAUCCAAGCCCUCUGAACGUUGUUCUACUACAAGAGGUGAGACUAAAGUGAUAAAAGGAUAGAUUUCAACAACAGAAUAAAAUUGUUUUACAACUGCAACACUAAUACAUACAUACAUACAAACAUACAUACAUACAUACAUACUUUACUGUUACCUCCCCAAAGGGGCUUUUCAGGAACAAUGAUUAUAUUACAUGAUUACAACACUAAUCUGGCUUGUCACACAAGAUUAAGCAAGAGAGAAUGAGCUCUCUUGGAUUAAGCUAAUGAUGUUAACCCUGAUUAACAGUACUUGAAGCAAAUGCUUUGACUUGCUGACUGGUGCUGAUGCUGGGGCAGCUAUUGACGCAAAUUAUAUUUUUAAUUUUCGGCUUUUCUUAGUGAAUUUGUUGUUAACCUAUUGAUAUUCUAGGAAGUCAUGAGGUCGAAUCCUGCCGUCGAGGACUUAAUUUUUGUUUGUCUCACGCUCGGGACAUUAUGAAUUAAAUGUUUUCUUCAAGGCAUGCCUAAUCUUUGUCUUAUUUUCUCGUUAUCAGAUUGAACGUUAUAACGCGUUGUUGCGAAUCAUAAAAUCGUCUCUUAUCGACCUGGAAAAGGGAAUCAAAGGUCUUGUUGUUAUGUCAUCUGAUUUGGAGGAGACAUUCAACUGUAUUUUUGAUGCUAAGGUGCCUCCCCUUUGGGGAAAGGUGAGUUUUCAUAUUUUUAUACAAUGAUUUCCGUUAAUACUUGGACUUUCGUAAUGAGUUAAAGAUAAAAUUUUCGUAUCAAAUGUUUGACGUAAUUGUGCUUUUCAACAUCAACUUGUUUCUUCAUUUUCUGAGAACUUGCAUUAAGUAAGAUGCGUUACAGUUUCUUGGCGGGAGGAAGGCAACGUUGAAUGUUGUUGUCAGUUUUUAAAGUUUCUUCCUUUUAGUAAAACCACUUUCUUCAUAAAAGAUUUGUUGAGGAUAAGCCUGUCAAAAGGUUCUUGCGUUUUGUUGAUACAUUUCCUAGUGUUGGCAUAUAAAUUUCCUCUUAUUAAAUGGCAUUUGGUUAAAACCCUUUAUAUUAGUGCCAUGUUUCCUAAACAUGAAAAACAGUCUAGCAACGAAGGACUGCGUGAAAAACGCAUAGCUAUCUUGUUAAAGUUACAACAUUAUCUUAUGAAUUAAUUAUAUUAAAGGAAUCCAAAAUGUAUCCCACUAACGUUAAAUCUUCUUCCCAGGCUUACCCUUCCAACAAGCCGCUGGGUAACUGGACACGUGACCUUGUCCUUCGUGUAGAGCAGUUCGCCAAGUGGGCUACAACAGCUCAUCAACCAGUCAUAUUCUGGAUGUCCGGCUUUACCUUCCCGACAGGCUUCCUGACUGCUGUCCUUCAGACAUGCGCACGACAGAACAACAUAUCCGUGGACUCGUUGUCGUGGGAGUUUGUUGUGUCUACUGUGGAUGACAGCAACAUUACUCAACAACCAAAGGUGAACUUGGUUUCUUGUUGGGGAAGGGGGCGGGGGCCGUUGGAGGAGCUUAGCGCCUCAAAAUUCCAUGAAUGGUUUUGUGCGUAAAAACUACUUAUUUAAAACAGCUCUCUCUAUUAUAGUACAUUUUCGGAAUAAACACUUGUCGUCCGCGGUGAUCCGUGUUUUGGUAGACUCUGAAGCGGACCUACCACUUCUAAUGGUGUGUGCUACUCCAAAGUCUUUGGUUUUUUUGUUUGUUUGUUUAACCUCUUGUUCGUUUCAUUUUUUUGAGCAUUUGUGGUUUAGGGACAUAACUGAUUUGUCUUGUGUUUUGUUAUUACAGGUUCGUGUUUCCAUGUUACCACCAAGGAAGUGGGGUUGUGAUGUUAGAUGUUAGAGAAAAUUUUAAAAAAGGACUCUCCGGUCGUAAAAUUAGGCGUUUCAGAUUUUCCGACGCCUUCCCUGUCCUUUUCAGCACGCUCAUGUAACCAAACGAAGCGCAAUACUAAACUAGCCACUCACAGCCGGAUUAUUUGCUUUUUUGGUAUUUUAAGGAUGGUGUUUGGAUCCGUGGAUUGUUUUUAGAGGGAGCUGGCUGGGAUAAGAAGAAUUCAUGCCUCAUUGAAGCAGAGCCCAUGCAACUAGUUAGUGCCAUACCCACAAUCCAUUUCAAGCCUGUUGAGAACAAGAAGAAAAGUGGAAAAGGUUUGUUUUACUUUCUCAGUGCUUUCACAUAAGGAAUUAUCCACAAAAAGUCCCCGGCUUAAUUUAAUUUUUUUCUUUUUACUGGGGAACCCGGUAAAUACGGACACCAAGGAGACAAGCCUUAGUGUCCGUAUUAUCCUGGAGUCGUAUUAAGAGGGUCCCCAGAAAAAAAAUGAAUUGGACAGUACACAUUAAUUAUCCAUCUUAAGACUUGAGCAGACAUUUUUACGAGUAAACGUUGUUUAAUUUCUCAGCAGUAACUGUAACAAGUUCAUCCUAAAGGAUCUAACGAUCAUUUAUAAUAGUCUCAGACUUAAGCUUUCCCUAGUCGACCCUGUACGGCGUUUCUCGGUCAAUUCACUUCGGUAACGUAUCCGAGGCGAACGGGCUUCUUCGCACGGACCACGUGACCCAAAACGCUUUGGCCGCGCGGAAUAAUGAGACCGAGGGACUAGGCACACUUAAACUAUCUUCCAAGUGUCUGUCUUUAAAUACAACAACGGAAUCCAUGACUUUACUUUGCACUGAAGUUUUUAGUUUGCGACCAGGGGCCCGUUUCUCGAAAGCCCCGGUAACGUUUCGGGCCCGAAAUCAAAUUUUCAAAUCGAAAUAUAAAGAAUAAGAGCGCGGGUCCUGGCUAGCAAACUACUCCAUUCUGUUUCAUUAACUGAUAGUUUUAUCAUGUUAGAUGCAAAACUAUUGAAACCUCUACCUUGCAUGUAAACAACAACAGCUUUACGGGCCAGUUAAUUAUCGGGACUUUCGAGAAACGGGCCCCAGGCCCGGAAGACUGAACAUUAAACAGAACCUUUCAAAGCUCAUUCACUGUUUCUGUCAGGUUUUCACUGGUAAGAUAUUCAGUCACAGUCAUAAACAGAGCGCAGACAUCCAUUAUCCGUAAAGCAAGGUUGACGAAAUAUGGGAAUUUGUGACCCGGGACUCAUAAAAGUGUCCGUUGUCCGUAUUAACUGGUGUCCGUUUUACGCGGGUUAAUUUUAAAGAAAUAUAUGAGCUUUUCGCCGGGACAAACGAAACUGUCCGUUAUAUAGCAAUGUCCGUGUUAAGUGGGUGUCCACUGUGCAAUGAACAGCAACACAAGAAAAUACUGAAAAAAACUGAUAUAAAGACCUCAACUCAUAGUGUUACUUACCCUGUCAGAAAAAAAAGUAAUCUCAAUAAACUCACUCAUCCUUGUUUUAACACUUUGUAGGUGUGUAUGCCUGCCCGUGUUACUACUAUCCUAACCGAGCCGGCACUUCCGGUCGAGCCUCCUUUGUAGUGGCCGUGGACCUAAAGGCAGGAGCUAUGACGUCAGACCACUGGAUCAAACGUGGCACAGCGCUCCUUAUGAGUCUUGACUACUGAGGUUUAGCGGUUUUUGAAAGAAUUCGCUGUUCGCGUAAUGCGCAGUUAUUUGACUUUUAUGUAGGGCGAAUUUGUUUACAAAGAACGUUCACCAGAAACCGUUAAUGGUAAUUGUACAUUUUAAAUACUUUUUGUAAAUAUAUUCAUUCGCUCUGAUUUCUACUCAGUUCAACAAUACGAACUGUAUAAACUACAAAAAAGAAGCGUUUUAGUCAUAUUCAUGCGUGAAACAAAAUAACCAAAAAAGAAGUUAUGCCUUAACAAUGGCGUGCAGUUUUCUCUUCAAGAGUGAAGUUAUUUAUUAGGAAUGUAUUAAAGAUUAUCUUUUUAACAUAUUGAUUUACUGUAUUGAUUUUUUUGUAAAGAACAUAUAUCAUUGAGAUUGCAUGCAGUGAUCGACCAAACCC